GGACUGUUUGGAGUUACUGUUGCAGAAAUGUAUGUCUCUAAAAUCACAGGUGUAGCAGGCAAUGUUUUCACGUGUAUAAACUGUGCAUUUGUAGAAGAAGAUGUUAUAGUUAAGGUCACAGUUGAGUAGCGUGGUCACCUUGGUGUUACACAAGUCUGGAGCUACAUGUUAAGUAAGGUGUCUGUUAUGUAGUCCAGCUAUCUGAGCCGAUCUUCAUUGUGCUGUGGGGGUGUGUCGGUGCCAUCGUGGAAUGGUCUCCUCCUCCAGAAUCCGUCUCAUUUGGCGUCAUUUUGUCAACAAUAGAAUGGGAGAUAUGGCCUCUAAAACUCAGAUGCCGACACCGGAGACAGCGCUUCCAGGCCGGACUGACAGCAUCAUGAAAGUCUCCGGUAAGAAACUCAGCUCGGCUAGCAUGCUAACAUUAGCUGCUGGAGCGAAGUGAUGUAACUUCAUGACACGACAAAGUUACAACACGUACCAACGUGAUUAUUUGUUGAAAUGUUUGGGGUCCCAUUCGUCUUUUGCUGACUUUGGCUGUUAAGUUCUGUUUGUGCGAGCGUGAAAUAUGGACAGACAGAGUCGUUUAUAAGGUUAAAAAACCGGUUACAUUAGCUGUUAGCACCUGCCAUUGUUGACAUUCCUACUCAGUGCCGUCUGCGCAUGCGCUCAUCUUCACCACGUUGUAAGCCGAAUGUGUUGACUUUGUUUACGAAUCUGCACUUUUUGGCCAGGUGACAGAAAGCUACAACUAAAUUAAAGCUUACUGUCUUGUAAAGAUUUGUAAAGAGACGACUUUCGUCAAUUUGAACACUGUCAUUUGUCAUUUGAACACUGCAAAAUGGAUUGCUGUCCACAUUGAGGAUCAGGAUAAAUUAUUCAUCCUGUUGCGUGGCACUCCUUUGGGUACAAACUGGUUACUGUGAUAUGAACAUCAUUAACCCUGCCCUCUUACUCACAGUGAAUUUUCCAGGGUACUUCUGGCUGUGUUCUCACACCAGUACAUGCAAAUUUUUUGCGGAAAUGUUAUCGAGUGGCUGGCAGAAAAAAGUUUGUGUGAAGUUGGGCUGAGGGUUUAGAUGGUUUGUGCACAUAUGGGCAGCCCAUGCUGGAUAUUUGGUAAGUUUCUCAGAGUAUGGUGCAUGUGUGGUACAGUGUAUGUCCUAAUUUUGGUUGCUUGAGAUCUUCAUGUAACAUCACAGACUGUAUCCUAAGUGUGGCAAACGCACAAAACCAAACUCUGAAAUAGGCCUAACUUACCUCAAAAACGUGGGCAAUGGCAGCAUGGCAUGUAGGCAUGUAGCAUAGCAUGUAGUCUUGGCUUUUGAAAAAUCUCGUAUUUUAAUAUGAAUGUUAUAAUUCAUAUUAAAUGUAUAAUAAUAAAAUAUGAUACACAUGUAAAACCAAACUUUCCAAGUACUUGUAGUCAAUUUUUCAUCAUGCGUAUCAUGCAUUAGGACUUUUAAUUCCCUAUAAUCCUUACAGUUGUCAGUCUAACAUGUACAUAGCUAAAACAAAAGUACUUGUUCUGGAGAUAAGGGGUGUUUUCUGUGAGUAUAAACAGACCGACAGCAGCACUAAGUUGGCAGUUGGGGCAGUUGGCACCAACCUGCCCCCUCUUCAGUACAAGUGAGGGCGCUGAGUCUUGGCACAUGAUGAAUAGAUCCGCCCUGGCACUGAACAAAAGACACAAGACACACACACUCAGACACACACACACACACAACCACCACCCCUUUAACAUUAAACAGAGAAACAUGACAGAAAUAACUAGUGAGUGUAAAGGUUGUGUGUGGAUGUAUUGACUCUGUACCAGGGUUGUUUUUACAGGAAAGCAGAGGUCAACGUUAGAAUGAAUCUUAGCCCGUUUUUAAGAUUUGAAUUGGAGCAAUUUAGCCAUGAUGUUAAAAAUUUUUCAUGAGGUCAGACAGAGGAGGAGAAGUGUGAGAUCAGAGGGGUUAGAAGGGUGUGGGUCCACCGAAAAAAAGGAAGAUUGGUAAAAAAAUGGAUUGAUCGAUGGGUGGAGGGGUUCAGACAAAGUGGCAGACAUGCUGGAGCAUCGCCAAAGCUUCUCGGGAAAGCAGCCCACAACCAAGAGAGGCGAAAGAAGAGCGAGGGAGCAGUGAGGGAAGGAAAAGCCAUGCCUGCAGUGGAGGAGACUUGGCAGGGCUUCCCCUCCUUUGUCUGUCUGGCUCAGGGCUGCAGCGCCAGAGGAAAUCAAGAAACGUCCAGGCAUGUUGGUGGUGGUGGAGGUGGUGGUGGAUUGGGACAGGCUCUGCUCGGCUCUGAAACAAGAGAGAAAAAGUUCUUUGGAACGGCGAAAACUCGAGCUAUGGAAACCAGAACACAAAACAAGCGAUUUUUACUUUUUGGGUGAUAUUCACAUUGGAGACACUGGACCAGGCCACGUUUUUCGGAAAUAAACUCGACCGCAUGAACAGGAUGAGCUGACCAACAAUUUUAAUAGCUUUAAUUUUAUUUCUUCAGAGAGCAAAACAACAUUUCUGAACUCAGCAGAUGUUUGAUUUCAAGGAGUCCACUUUAAGCCAGAGGAAGGCCAACCUGGCACGAAACAAGAGCUUUGGGUAUGAAUGCCUCACUAAGUUCAUUUGAAAUAUUAAUGUUUAUAAAAAAUGGUUAAAUUAUUUUGUUGCGAAGUUUUUAAACUGUGAAAUCGCAGAAGGUUGUCUGGUUUGCAUUGUGUGUGUGUGAUGAGUUGUCAUGUCUGGAUAUUGACAGGAGGAUUUGAAGCAGGCCAAGCCAGACCAGAGGACAGUUGUCAUGACCAGGGUGCAGAGCAGUGUGUGGUGUGAAUUGCGUUAUUAUUUUAGUAAGUUUGUUGAUAUUGGCUGUGGCACUGUUAAAUUUUUUGGGAUUGUGCGUCUUACUCUUGACCUUAAAAUAGUACCUUAAGGUCCAUUUAAAGGAGACCUAUUACACUGAUACAAUGUUAAACCUCUGUAGAUUCUCAAAACUAUGAAUGAACACAGGUGGAAUCAUGUGCUUAAGAAAAAAGUGUGAAAUAACUGAAAACAUGUUUUAUAUUUUAGAUUUCUCAAAGUAGCCACUCUUUGCUUUUUUGAUAGCACUGCAAACUUUUGCUGUUCUCUCAAUGAGCUUCAUGAGGUCGUCACCUGAAAUGGUUUUUACUUCACAGGAGUGCCUGAAGUAACCCUGACAAGGUACUUAUGUCAUCAAGAGCAAAGGGUGGCUAUUUUAAAGAAACUGGAAUAUAAAACGUGUUUUUGGUUAUUUCACACUUUUUUUAUAAGUACAAAAUUCUACAUGUGUUCAUUCAUAGUUUUAAUGCCUUCAGUGAUCAUCUACAAUGUGAAUAGUCAUACAAAAAAAUAAAGAAAAGACAUUGAAUGAGAAGGUGUGUCCAAACUUUUGGCCUGUACUGUAGUACCUUAAGGUCCAUUUAAAGGAGACCUAUUACACUGAUACAAUAUUAAACCUCUGCUUAGUUUCAAACAUGAAAUAUACAGAUGCUGUCCGGCUUCUCUGAACAGCUCUGUUUUGGAGCUUGGUGAGACUUGGGAUGAACCUGAUGUCAUGCUGUGCCGUCCUAUUAGAACAAUGUUGAGCGACGUGGUGUUUCAAAUAUUCCUCCCUCAGGAGAGUCGAUUUUGGUUGGAAAACAUUAUUGUUUCUGGUUGUCAUGUCCCCUCAGCCUUUAAUGAAAAAUUAAAAGUUGUCCUCAUCCCAGCUGAUACAGGUGUGUACGGAUACACAGCAGCUGCUCUGUUAAUCAGCAGCUUUUUCUUUCAGCUUUCAGAGAAAAACAUCCUGUUUUUUCUGGGAACAUUUCCAGGGAAAUUUGAGGUUGACAUAAAUACAGAUAUGAGGAGUGAUAUUAUGCUAAUGAGAUAUCAAGUUUGUUUUAAAAACAUGGAGUUGUUUUUCUGGCAUCACACUGUGUAAACUGAAAACAGCAGCUAAGCUGAGGCCAAAAAAAUCAUUUUUAACCAGCUUUCUCAUUUCCUCCCUCUAAAAGCUAAACUACAGUUUAGUUUACUGAGUUAGAGCUAGCGCAUCAAAAGAGAUGUCUUCCUGCUUUUACAUAUUUUACAAACUUAUAUUAAGUUAAAAUGUUGGGUGUCAAUUCUAAAUGGAUAAAGUUUCAAACUAUGAGGUAAACCCCUGAGUAAUCACAGGAUGUGACAGAAGGCAGCUGUUAACAGCUUACUCUGUCACAAGAUUUAUGUAAGACAGACACAGGAUUGGCGAAACUUCUUGUAAAAGCACAAUUACCAAAAAAGCAAAUGGAAAAAUCUUCUUCUGUUCAUUGUCACUGGAGAUUUUUGGUCUCUCCAACCAACUCCAUUAUGAUGACAUUGUGGCAUGGACAUGGCGGCAUAAUAACUGAUAUUAACAUAUGCUUAUUUGGGUUGGCCAAUGUACAAACCCAGGUUGGAGCUGGCCAGUUUAACACUUGACUCCUCUGGAUCCAUACUGUUGUAAUACCUGCAGAAUCUGGUUUGUCACUGUCUUGCUGAAAAAAAAUGAGGUCAUCCCUGAAAAAGGUGUCAUCUGUAUGGGGGCAUGUUCCUCCAAAGCCUGCAUACAAUGGUCAGCAUGAAUAGAGCCUUAUUUAAACUAGCCAUACCAUGGACACUUGUGCAUCCCUAUACUCAUCACUGAUGCUGGCUUUUGAGCUACUGGCUGAUGUGUGGUCUCCCCUCUCUGGAGAGCAUUGGAUGCAACGUCUGUGAUUUCCAAAAAAAGUCAGAUUUGUAUUUUUCAGUCCACUUUGCUUCAUGUGAUUUCAAAUGGGCUAAAAUCCAGAGACAUCCGUGUCCCUGGAACAAGUUAAUACAUGGUUUUUUUUUUUCAUGGCAUUUGUUGAUGCUGGGAAAAACUGUGUUACAAAACAGUGGUUUGUGAGUUUGAUUCUGAGCCCAUGCUGUGAUUUCCACGACAGAGUCCUGUCUGUUUUUAAUGCAGUGCCUCAUCAGGGCCAGGAAAUGUUGGCCAUCCAGUCUCAUUUAUCUGCCUUGUGCCUUUCAUACAGCCUUCUCCAGAUUCCCAAAUUCUUUGCAAUUCUAUGCUAAAGAACAUUAUUCUGAAACUGUUGAACUAUUAGCUCUCGCAGUUUCUCACAGACUACAAAACCUCUCCCCAGUUAUACCCCUUUACUGCCAUGUCGGCUGAAUACUGUUAUUGCCUGUGAAGUCUAGAGUUGUCUCCUUGUAAUGUACAAUCAGUGAAAAUGAAUUUCCCUACAGGGACCAAUAAAUACAUCUAAAUCUAAAAUCUAAAUCUGAAGGACUCUGCCUCUCUGGCCCAUUUUUUAAAGCCAGUCAUGGUACUUAACUGUUGUAAAUUGAGCAAUUUAGUUGGGAGACGUUCCUCCAUUUUUUUUAAGGGUUACAUAACUUUCUCGGUGUUUUGUUGUCCUUUUCAGGACCUCUUUGAAAGAUGUUUCUGGUAUCAAAUUUAAAAAGAGCAUAACUUAAAACUGGUUUGGUGACAUGCUCUGUCACGUGUUAUGUACUUUAUCUUUUCAUACAUCUCUAUUCUGCUUACAUUUGCUUUAUUUCUAAAGACAGGCCUUUACUUGAUUCAGAAUAUAGUUGGUUCUUCCUCACAGGCAAAGGGUUUUGAAUUCCUCAUCUACCUUCUGUGUAACAUCCUGGUGUCUGAAUAUUUGUUAUCUUGCUGUCUAUCAGUCGCAUAAAUCAGGUGAAUUCAGGUGAGGCUGAGCACACAUCUCUCACUCUGCCUGUACCUGUUAAAUGACUGACUGUGCGCUGUUAUCAGGGUUCAGGCCAACACUCCUCAAUCCAUCCACCUUUUGUCACCGCUGUUACCACGACAACAGAGGGGACCCCAGUGAAUGAAUAUGUGUUUGUGUGAGAUCCCAUCUGCAGAGCUCUUUGUUGUUUACACAGUGGCCUGAUAACCUUGACGGGCAAAAUGAUGGGCAUUCAGGGGGGAGUGUGAGAGACAUAACAGAUGAGGUGCAUGUAUUGAUCAACACAGAAUGAAUAAGAGAGAGAAAUGGAGAGACGUAAAGAAGGAGGGAGAGAAAUGAGAGCUGAGGACAUGAGGUUAACAGUGUUAAAAGUACUGUUAUUCCAUCUGAAGAUACAAGAUAAUACUCUGUGUAGAAGGAAAAAGUACUUUUUUGCGGUUUGCUGUGUCCACGGAAAUCAAACACAUGUUGAAAACUCAUUUGUGAGGCAGGUUAGUUUCAAACGCUGAAUAUGAUUGACAGCAUCAUGUUAGCUUUACUCCUGUGCUGAUAUUAUUGAUGAUGAUGAUAAAAUGAUUUGAUAACGCAACUGAAGAUCAAUUUCAAGUAUGUGGACAAAUUAGAAAAAGUGAUUCAUAGUGAACGGGUGCUUUGAGGGUCGCCCCGAUGGGACUCCAGUGUUCAUAACUACCUGUUCAAAAUUCAUUAUCCUGCUUCUUACCCAACUACCAUCCAAAUUCAUGAAUAAAUUGAUACUAAAUGAUUAUUUGAAGAUGGUUUUAUUGAUUUGAAAAGAAAUAUGUGUGAAGAAAUUAAUGGUCUCUCUUUCACUGUAGUCAGCUCUCACCUGCUUUGAUCACUUUGCAUGGGUUGAACCCUCUUUUAUUCAUUUGGUUUCUGUCUUAAGUAUUUUUGUUCUUUGUGAGAACAAGAUUUAGUCUUGUAAAUGUUUUUUUUUUCUUGAAAGGAAAGGUCAUCUGAUUAUCAGGGUCAUUUUUUGACAAAUUAUAUAAAAUAUUAUCACCUUUAGUUAAGUUCAUGCUGUUGGAGCAUUAUAAGUUCUUUUAAAGUCAGUUUGAAACCUUUGCUGAACAUUUCCUGCUCCGUCCUUCAUGUUUGGCAGCCUCCACAACCUUUAUGAGAAUCCAGUUAUUGUUCAGACUAUCAAACACUCCAGCUCAGUCCUUCAUUUAUUCAUUCACAGGGGAGCGUCUUCUUAACAACAGCCUUGACUAUUGUGCCUUAAGCCCAUUGAAGCACUCUGUUUUCCUAACAAACUCUUAAUUUAUUCAUAACUUGAUGAUGUUAACGAACGCACGGCUUCCUUGAGAUGUCCUGCGUGUUGUGAGGCGAGCGCAGGAGGCUGUCGGCAGCAGAACAAUAAGCGCGGCGCUGACGGUCGUGAUGAUGGGCAGUCAUAAAAACCAUGAUGGCAAUCAGAGGAGCUACUCGAGAGGCUCAGAUAGAGGGAGAGGGGGAGAGAGGAAAACACUGAGGCAGGGGGAAAUAAAUGGAAAAGAGGGAGCUGGGGGGGAGGGGGGAAAUGUAAAAGGGGGAUGAUAAGAAAAGAGGGGAGAUGAAGAAACCAGGCAAUCAGAGAAGGAGAGAUGCAGAAGGAGAGGAAGAGGAGGAGGGUGGGGGAGGUUACUUUGUAGAUUUAAUUGCAGAGCAGUUGAGGCAAUCUUUUCUAUGGGUGUGUGUUGAGACUCUCCAAUAUCCCCCAGCCAGACAUUAGCUGCAGCGUUUCAUUCAUCACUGUCAGGUCUGGAGCUCCAGGGUGGAGGAGGAGAGGGGGUGGGGUGGGGUGGGGGGGGGUGUCCUGGAUGUGAAGGCCAGGUUGGAGCUUCUUUCCAGGGGAGGGCAGCAGGUUCUGGGUUUUAAUUUUCAGCAAGUGGGAGGAGAGAAAAGGGUGACAGAGAGAGAAUCUGAUCAUUACACUUGAUACUGACUCGAUCGUUGAGUUUUUUUAGAAGUGACACCAAAGACAAAGGAGACCCUUGGUGGGCCCCAGAUAAGGGUUCUACCUGGUAUCUUUCUGUCUGGGUUGCUGCUUUGUUCCACCCAAUAUCCUGCUAAGUUGCAUAAAUGCCUCAGAAGCAGAUUUCAGAUCCUGGGUAAUCAUUUUUAAUAAUCACAAUUAGGGCCUGACCGAUAUGAAUUUUUUGGUGCCGUCCCGAUUAUUAAAGCUACGGUCUACGAUCUGAAAACAGUUUGGCUGUUUGACCAGUUUGAUUUGAAAAACGCAGCCCGCCCCCCCUUCACUCACCCCUCCCCUCCGUGUUCCAAGAUCCCGCCCUCGCAGCUUGUGUCUCCUCCUAACAACACGCCCCCUCUGAUAGAGCAAGAAGCCGGCAGAAAAUAUCAGCAGUGGUACACAGUGGUAACUAUUUCAUUUGGACUGAAAGGAUCAAAACCAAAUAUUGGUAGCUUGAUCACGUAAUGUGUACUGUUGUUUAUUCUACCGUUACUGGCACGGCUAACAGUGUAGCAAGGCUAAUAGCAGAUGGAUAACUCUAACUUUAGCUUGCAUAUUACAUGAUGCUUCACUGUUAACUCGGCGUGACCGAGACCAGCACAGCGGGGAACAUUGUGAAGUGGGUUGAACUGAAACUUGUUGACUUAUUGUGUAUUUCACAAACUGGACCACUCUCCUCCGGGUGUCCCUGAGCUGCCUGCUUCAGAUCCGUCACUCUGCUGUACUGUGAGGUAGUUAGUGGAUAAAGAUUGUCAUGAGGUCGCUGCACCAUCUACACGAUAAGUCGGGGAUCUUUUCAAAUGGUGGAACAUUUUAGAUGUGAAACCGAAUCUUUUUCUCCGCAUUUCAUCUCUGAAAAUAUCGGCGACAAUCGGCGAGUUUUGGCCGAUUACCGAUUAGUCACAAACUGGCUAAAAUUGGCCGAUUUAAUCAGCUCGCCAAUAAAUCAGUCGGGCCCUGACCGCAAUAUUAUUAUCAGUCAAAAUGUGAGUUUUGCUCCAGUCAAGCAGCCCUGUUUGCUGGCUCUGCUGCUGUUGCACGGAUUGCAGGACAGGAUGUUCUUUAAGACGAAACCAGCAUUUUUACCACAGUGUUAGACUCUCUUCCUCACACUGGUGAGAUGUGACUUCUGUGAUCAGUUUGAUUGUAGUGUCAAUUUGUCAUGAUUGUUUUGACCAAUCAGAAUCAAGUAUUUCACACAGAUGGGUAAUUUUAGAAAGCUGGAGAACAAUGCCUUUAUUGGUUAUUCUCUCCAUUUAUUUAUUGCAAAUUUAGGUGAAAUAUGUUGUUUCAGUAACUCCCCAAGCCAAACAUCACACCCUAAAGUGCGUAGCCCUAACCUUGACCUUAAAAUCUUCACUGUGAAGUCAAGAAACAAACAAAAACAUUCACAUCUAAGUGGCUGUGAUUUGACUUUUUGUGUUACAUCUCAAAGAGCUAGCAAAAUGUUCAUGACCCACACUCAGGUCUGCGCCUGAACGCCUCGUGUUUGGACACAGAGUGAUAUGCUGAUCAUUUAACUGCAAAACACCAUCUUUUCAUCCAGUCGUUGACCUCUGUGACAUCCCUCCCCUGUCUCCCCUACGCCGCCAGCUCUCUGCAGAAGAGACAGCUAUUAUCGCUUUUACUGUUAAAACACUUUAAGCUUUUUGAAAUCUUAGUGUGUAAACUUUGUUCUUUCUGCCGCCAUAAUGGUUUUUAUUGUGCUGCCGGUGAACAAAGGGAGAAAGAAAACAAGUUAAGAAAAAAAAAAAAAAAGAUAAAACAGACACAAAAAGACGGUGACGCAGGAGUCUGACUCUGCAUUUUGCUCCCUGUCUGCUCUGUGUGCACGGUGACGCAAACAUUGUUCUGUGGUUUAUCUUGGAGAGGCAGAAUACAGUGAAAGUCUCUCUUUACUUUAUCCUCUAUAUAAAAGCUGGGAUUGAAAAAGUUCCGGUGAUAUAAUUGAUUGACUUUAAACAGCCAUGAAUUGAGCAUGGAUCUCUUUUUUUUUGUGCAUUUAUAUAUUUUAUUUGUAACAUUUUGCUGAUUUUGAUCUCACUUCAGGAACACAAAUGUGAUGGAGGAUUCGUUGUAAGGACAGAGAGAUGAAACUUGAGUGUAUCGAGUGCUGAUUGGCUGAUUCUGGAGCAACUCUUCAUGCCUCACUUGCACACACACAUACACUCACACACACACACACACACGUAGGCUAGAGCUGAAAUAGAGCAGCACUAAUGUAGAGUGUGUGCGUGCGCUGCAGAUGUCACCAUGGAUAGAGGUCUGCUCUGUGAUCAGGCUUAUUAUUCUGACAGGAUUUAGGGGGCUGCAGAAGAGACUAGGAGGCACACUGGUUUCCCACUCACACACAGACACACGCGCACACACACACAUGCAUGUACACACUUGUACCUAAAAUGAAGUGGCUAGCUGUUUUGAUGUGAAGUGUCCUGAAGUGCUUUCUAACCUCUUUUGCUGCUCUUUACGGCCAAAAUAAAAACAAAUGAACUGCCAGUAAAAACAGCCAGUAAGCAGCCUCUGUAGGUACAGUAUAAGGGCAGAAAGCAGCACUUUUUUCACUGUUUGAAUCACUCUAUUAGUAUCAUUCGUGCACUGAGGAAAGGGGAGUUUUUGAUUCACACUUUCUGUAUUUUUGUUGCUUUUCUAUUCUGCAGAAAAGAGCAGCUGCAAGGUUAAGCAAUUCAGUGAAAAUACAACAAACUCCCUCACACACAUACACACACAUGAACACACACUGUUGCAUCGGACCUCACAGGAGAAUAUGAAUUCAAUUAAUCAACAAGAGGCGUUGUUAUCAUUCUCAGACAGAUAAAGGCGACCACGAGUACAGGCAUUUCAAAGGAGUGCAGCGCGAAUAAUUACUCUACAGAAAAAUACCUCCAUAUAUACAGAGAGUGUGUGUUUGCGUGUGUGUUUGUGUGUAAGAAAAGAUAACUGUAGAAUAUUAAUGAAUGUUUUUGAGAAGGUAUUCAUUUUCAUCUCUUUCUUCCUCAUGUUUGAAAAUUAUUUAUCCCUCGUCUUAGCCUUGGCUGAGGUUAUGAGGCUGUUUUUUGUUUGUGUUUUAAUUUAUUAUACUUUAUUCAUGAGUUACAGGCCAACAGGAGACAAAACUGUUUCCCAGAGAGCUUGAAAGCAAAAGUUGAAAAAUGCAAAGGGAACACACCACCUCCAAGAAGUGGAGUUUGGACAGCAAAAGCAGGUGCUGGGCUAUUUACCUCUUACUGGUUUGUUCUAAUGGAAGAGGUGCUGCAGGAGCAUGCCUGACAACCUUGGAGUUAAUUAACUUAAUUUGCCACAGCUGCACACGUGUUUUGGCAGGACAUGGAUAUCAGACAUUAUUUGCCUCUUUAACAGACAUCAGCACCAGUGUCACUCACAUCUGUUGUUUUGCAUCAGUUUUACGCUAGCAUGUACCAUCUUACUGAUUUGACCCCGCUAGCUGCCCAGUCUCAAGGUCUAAUUCACCAAGUAAUAAGUGGUAAGGAGGGAUAUUCAAGAUAAAAGCUUGAAUAUAUUUUCACAAAAACACCCACAAUGCUCUGCAGCUCUGUGUGCUGUCCAUCUGUUUUGCAUAUCUCAUUUAAGGGCUGGGUGACAAACUGAAAAUUUACCAAUACGGGAAUUUACGACGAUAAUCGACGUCAUUUUGCCCAUGUCGGUAUAUUUGGUGUCAAAAAAAUAAAUGAAUAAAAGUUGGUUUUGGAUGUGUGUAGAGAGGCUAUGGUCUCAUGUCCCUUGAAGACGCUGACGGAGAUGUGACUCCACCCCAUCCAGUCUGUAACAAAGAGGGAAAGACAGGUGAGGAGAUGGAGGAUGGUUCAAAAGUUGUAGCGGCUGGAGCAGUGACUGAAGUCGAUGCAGUUAAUGUGGAAGGGGUGAGCAGCUUGUGGAGUAGUUAUUGUUCAUUUAUCAUUAUUGAGGUGAACUGCUCAAUAUACCGUGAUACUGAUUUGAGGCCUUAUCGCCCAGCCCUAUUUCAUUGUGACUGAGAUGAGCUGUCAGCCUCUCCAUCCUGUGCAGAGCUGUGCUGUGCACUCUAAUUCUGCUGGUGCCAAGCUCCAUCUGUCUGUAUGUAAAGAAAGGUCUUGAGUUAGUUAAGUUAAGUUAGUUAAGACAAAUGUGACACAGAUUUCACAGCUUAUGUGUGGCUUAUUCUUUGGAGCGUUAGCAAAGUGCAUCUUUUUUGGAUAAGAAAACUCUCUUGUUCAUUAUGGUAGUUUGUUUAAGAUGUGCAGGGAGUAAGGCACAAAAAGCCCCUUUCUGAUUUGAAACCCCGACACUUGUGAAAAUACGAAACCAAGUUAUCCUGUAGAUCAAUAAAGACAGAUUUUAUAGUAUUUCUAGGCCAACCAGAUGUGCAGUAGCUCUCUAAACUGCCGAGGAGUUUUGACAUUAACACUCCAGCAUAAUCAGGACCACUCUGCACGUUGUUUGCACCACUGUUAAGGUGUUGAGGCAGCACUGUCCUUCAUACUCAUGGCUCUUACCAGCUACUCUCUUAACAGCCCUCACACAGCUGUAUCGCCAUACUGACUGCACUAUGUGACGCCAUCAGUCAUCUGUGCUCAUUUACAUGUGGGUAGUAGAGGGACAGUUCUUGCACAUUUGGAGCAUAACCUUGAACAGUAAGAGUCCGCAAUUACUCCUUAUAACUUUCUACAAUUUAAUUACACUCACCGGCCACUUUAUUAGGUACACCUGUCCAACUGCUCGUUAACACUUAAUUUCUAAUCAGCCAAUCACAUGGCGGCAACUUAGUGCAUUUAGGCAUGUAGACAUGGUCAAGACAAUCUCCUGCAGUUCAAACCGAGCAUCAGUAUGGGGAAGAAAGGUGAUUUGAGUGACUUUGAACGUGGCAUGGUUGUUGGUGCCAGAAGGGCUGGUCUGAGUAUUUCAGAAACUGCUGAUCUACUGGGAUUUUCACGCACAACCAUCUCUAGGGUUUACAGAGAAUGGUCCGAAAAAGAAAAAAUAUCCAGUGAGCGGCAGUUCUGUGGGCGGAAAUGCCUUGUUGAUGCCAGAGGUCAGAGGAGAAUGGCCAGACUGGUUCGAGCUGAUAGAAAGGCAACAGUGACUCAAAUAACCACCCGUUACAACCAAGGUAGGCAGAAGAGCAUCUCUGAACGCACAGUACGUCGAACUUUGAGGCAGAUGGGCUACAGCAGCAGAAGACCACACCGGGUGCCACUCCUUUCAGCUAAGAACAGGAAACUGAGGCUACAAUUUGCACAAGCUCAUCGAAAUUGGACAAUAGAAGAUUGGAAAAACGUUGCCUGGUCUGAUGAGUCUCGAUUUCUGCUGCGACAAUCGGAUGGUAGGGUCAGAAUUUGGCGUCAACAACAUGAAAGCAUGGAUCCAUCCUGCCUUGUAUCAACGGUUCAGGCUGGUGGUGGUGGUGUCAUGGUGUGGGGAAUAUUUUCUUGGCACUCUUUGGGCCCCUUGGUACCAAUUGAGCAUCGUUGCAACGCCACAGCCUACCUGAGUAUUGUUGCUGACCAUGUCCAUCCCUUUAUGACCACAAUGUACCCAACUUCUGAUGGCUACUUUCAGCAGGUUAAUGCGCCAUGUCAUAAAGCUCGAAUCAUCUCAGACUGGUUUCUUGAACAUGACAAUGAGUUCACUGUACUCAAAUGGCCUCCACAGUCACCAGAUCUCAAUCCAAUAGAGCAUCUUUGGGAUGUGGUGGAACGGGAGAUUCGCAUCAUGGAUGUGCAGCCGACAAAUCUGCGGCAACUGUGUGAUGCCAUCAUGUCAAUAUGGACCAAGCUCUCUGAGGAAUGCUUCCAGCACCUUGUUGAAUCUAUGCCACGAAGAAUUGAGGCAGUUCUGAAGGCAAAAGGGGGUCCAACCCGUUACUAGCAUGGUGUACCUAAUAAAGUGGCCGGUGAGUGUAUAUCUGCUUUAUAUAAGAGCAAAUCUACCUGCAAAUAUCAACCAUAACAGGAGGUUUAAGCAGCUUUAAUCCGGAUCCAUCCGGAAACAACUACUCAGGUACAUAUCAGCAGAAAUAUUCCACAUUUCAGAGCAUACUGUACAUGCACCUCCAGGCUUUUGUCUCUUUCUUAAUCAUUCUCUCCGUGCACAUACUUGUACACACACUCACACAGAGCUGUUAGACUCAUUUGUAUUCUGUCUGUAGGUAUUGUCUCUCCCCGCUGACAUUUACAUUUAAAUUGUUUAUCUCUGAGUUUUAUGUGUGUGCGUCUACGUCUAAGUCUGCAUGCGUGUGUGUGUGUGUGUGUGUGUGUGUGUGCGCGUACUGGGGGAUGGGAUGGCACUGCAAUAAAGUGAGUGUUUAGCAGAUCAACGAGUGAUCCUUAAUGUGGCUUCACAGGAAUAAAAACGGCUGCAUAAAACUGAACGUAAAAAGAAUCAACUGGAAACCACCAACGGUGUGUGUGUGUUAUUGUGUCAUGGUUUAAACCAUAAUCCAUAUUAACCCAACCUUUGCAUUUGAUCUCACUUUCAUUAAUGCUGUUCUUUUUCUUUUUUGGCCUACGUUAUGAUCAAGAAUGAGAUAAGAAGCAUUUAAAUUAUGUACAAAACCCAAUUCCAAUGAAGUUGGGAAGGAGAAUGUGUAAAUUGUAAAAAAAAAAAAAACAGAAUACAAUGAUUUGCAAAUCCUUUUCAACCCAUAUCCAAUUGAAUACACUACUGGCAGUGUUGGGUUACUGUACAGUCCAUACAGUGCUUCCAGUAUAACGAGUUUGCUUGUUCAUACUGCAAAGAUCUGUCAAUAUUUGAUGAAGUUAUAUUUAUGUAUAUAUAUAUAUAUUUAUAUAUAUAUAUAUAUAUAUAACUUCUAUGGCUCUUUUUUUUUUUUUUUUUUUUGACUUUUUCCAUUGACUUUUAUGCAAAAUUUUAACACAAUUUUAUUGCAACUUAUGUUGCUCUGACGAGGUGAAAUCCGUCCAAAGUUACGAGCAGGUCCGGAGUCAGUUCGUUCAGCCAUGACUCCGUGAACAUCAUGAGGCUGCACUCACGAUACUCCCACUGCAGCCUAGUCAGCGCUGUGAGCUCUUCCAUCUUGUUGGGGAGAGACCUCACGUUUCCCAUGAUGAUGGACGGGACAGUUGGUUUAUAACGUCUCCACUUUGCCCGAUGCUUAACUCCAGCCCUGCGUCCUCUUCUUCUCCUGCGGAGCUUAGUGGGGAUGUCCGGUCUCUCCCACAAAGGUGGCCGGGCUUGGGGCAGCGCCAACAGCUGUUCAUGGCUGUAAACAAUGGGGCCGCUGAAUGGGUCGCCGGUCGUGGAUUUAAAAACUCCAAAAAGAAAACAAAGUGCAAGAGUCAUGAAAUGCACAUCCAUGGUUGGAAUAUGCAAGACACAACACUGCUGAAAAAAAGAAAGACAAAUAAGGUGCCAAAAAACGACAAUAAGAAGGAAAAAACAUAAAGUCUGUGAGGAGCUGAUGUGACUUGCUGCCACUCUCAGGGCGCUCGAGUCACGAGAAAAUGUUCCCUGACCGGGAAUCGAACCCGGGCCACGGCGCUGAGAGUGCCGAAUCCUAACCACUAGACCACCAGGGACGCUAAAGGUUAACCUUUUCAAAUUAAAACAUUUUUAGGUCAUCAAGUGAACAUUAUUGAGCUAAUAAUAAUAAUUUUUCGAUUGAUUGAUUGAUUGAUACACCAGUGGAGAGCCAGUUACUGAGUGUCCGCUUACUUUUACUCUUGUCAGCCAUUACCAUAACGUCAAUCCUGUUAUUGUCAUUUAUUUGAUAAAAGUGUAAAAAAUGACAACUCAUAUGGGCUUUCAACACUCACCAUUAUAAUUUAAAUUAAUUAAUUAAUGUCCAGACGAAGAAGAAGAAAAAAUCCACAACAUAACAAUAGUGCCAUGGCUUUGCGUUUAGUGCCAAUAACACAAUCACCCGACUGAAAGCUUAAACUUCAGUAAAACAACCUUCACUCUGUUAUUAUUGUAUCUUCUUUCCAUUAAGGUCCUUAUAAUAACCAGUGGAAAAAAGAUUGUUAUGACACCUCUUAUUUAACCCUGUAAGAUACUUAUAAACUGUCCACCUGAUUCUUAUAAAACCCCACAGGUGUCUUAUUAGCAAUAAUAGAUGUGUUCAUCAUGCUUAUUUUAACACUUAGAAUUUAUUAAUGUUGCAAACAACAUGGCAAAUGAAUAGUAAAUACUGAAAUAUGUUGAAAAACAUAACGAUUUAAUCAUCCAAACCAACGUAAAAGAGGGGGCACAUCAGGAUAGACCUAAAAUAGAUUGAAUAUGGGAUGCAUUUACAGCAUACAUAUGAGGGGUAUUGUUAGGAUUUGUUGGGUUUAUGCAGACUUGCAUAGUAAAAUAGACAAACUGAAGACACAUGAAAAAUUUAGAAACAAAGCACAAUCUUCAGACAUGAUAAACUGUUGUUACACCUCUUUAAGAAGUGAAAACUAAAUAUGAAUUGAGAAAAUUAUAAUGGACGCUGUAAGUGUCAGUGUAACAAUGUAGUGAGAGAGACAAAAAGUGAGUCAAAAACACCCCAAAUAUGUUAAGAACUACAAAUGAACUUUCUUCUGUCGAGUCUUGUUUUUUUUUUGUGUUUUUUUUGUCACAAUACCAACCCUCCUCCUUUAUCCGGGCUUGGGACCGGCAAAAAUGACCCAAUUGAGACAUUUUGGCGGAGUUACUGGGUUUUUUUUAUUUUUUAUACACAAUUGUAUAAAAAUGAGGGAAACCGAAGCACUCGGAGAAAACCCCUUCACCAGCCUCAGUGAGGCUGUAACCCAGAGAGUAAACUGGACACUGAGGCGGGACCUCAGGCCUCAACCCUCUUCAAAUGUACAUAUUCACAAUAUGUGUUUUUUGUGGGAGUUUUUUGUGUGGUUUUUUUUCGUGUGUUUUUUUGUGGGAGUUUUUUGUGUGUUUUUUUGUGUUUUUUUUUUCAAUGAAUGCAUGUCAUGCGUCUUUAAGAGGUCUGUGUGUCUCUUUUAAAGAGCCCCUGAAACCUUUUCCUCAAAGACCUCUUUGGUGGCCUCCUGACCGCCUCCAACUGCUCCUCCAGUCUCCUCACUUUAUCCAUUACAGUAUCAUUUGGUGGGGAUGUCUGAGUCUGAAUCUCAGUCUCCUUCACUUCACAAUCCUGCUGAAUGACGGUGAUGGACUCCAUCGAGGAGGCUUUCUCUCUCUGCCACUGGAGCUUGUGUCUCUCCAGAUCCUCAUAGGCCUGGUUCAGCGAGGUCUCCAAAGUAAAAGAUUUCUCCUUUUCUGCAAGGAGCUGUGACCUGUCCUCUUCCCACUGACUUGUCUUCCUGGACAGGUCCUCCUGAGCCUGAUGAAGAGCAGACUUCAGCUGACUGACUUCCUCGUGAUGCUUGCGAUUCUGGUUCUCAUCACUUUCCAGGACCUCAUCUAGGGAAGCUCUUAUCCGGCUUCUUUCCUCCUCUUUUUCUCUCAAAAGACCUGAGAAGUCCUCGUCCUGAGCCUUCAGCUUCUCCUGAGCCUGGAUGAGCUUGACCUUUAAGGAUUCUUGCUCCAGAAUAAGGUCAGCUCUCACUUUAUUCGCCUUGUUCUUUUGGUCUUUUAGCUGUUCUCGUAACUGGGCGAGGUCCUCUUUCAACUUGCAGCGGUCCAGUUUCUGCUGAAUGCGAGCUCUUUCGUGAUUCCACUGCUGUCUGUUCUUUCUCAGCUUCUCUUGAGCUUCGCUGAGGUCUGCUCUUAACUUGGAGGACUCCUCUGUCUGUGAGAGUAGAUGAGUCCUUUCCUCCUCCCAUUGUUUUCUUUCAUUUUUUAGGUCUUUUUUGGUCUGACUCAGGACUUCCUUUAGUUUGGAGGCGUCUUCUUUCUCUGAGAGGAGCUGUGUUCUCUCCUUCUCCCACUGCUGCUGGUCCUCUCGAGCCUUGGCUAGGGCGUCCUUUAACUUGCCAUUUUCCCCCUUGAGGAAGAGGACACAUGCUCUCUCUUCCUCCAACUGUUUGUUUUUCUUCUUCAGGUCUUUCUGGGCCUGGUUGAGAGAAGCUCUCACCUUCCUGGACCCAUCUUUUCCUGAGAGUCCAUCCACCUGCUGGCUCUGCUUCUUCAGAUCUUCCUCAGCCUUCUCGAGAGCAGCCUUCAAUCUGCAGAUUUCCUCUUUGUCAGUCAGAAGACAGGAUCUCUCCUCCUCCCACUGGCAGGUCUUGGUCUGCAGAUCUUCUUGAGUCUGUUUCAGCUCAGCCUUGACGGUGGACAGCUCUUCUUUCAUCUCAUCCAGGAGAGAAGUCUUGUCCUCCUCCCUCUCAGGGUUCUCGGUGGCAGUUUCUUCUUGGACCUGGUUUGGCUCUGUGGUGUGACAGUUGUCUUCUGUCACCUUGGCCUGCUGCUCAGCCCACAGAAGCCUCUGGUUCUCCUGUGUCACUAGUGCAUGGUGAAGUGCAGCACGAAGAUGCAUGACGUCCCCCAGGAGCUGGGCUCUGUCUUGCCCCCAUUGGUUCCUCACCUCAGUGACGGCCAUGUCCAUAUAAGCCUGCAGUCUGGAGGUCAGCUCUGUUUGCUGGGCCAGGCACUCCUCUGUCUCUGUCCGCUUCCUCUUUUCAGCUUCACAGUCCUCCUUAAGUUUUUCCAUUUCAAGGACUGCCUCUCCUGCUUUCUCUAGCUUAGCUGACACUUCAGUGAGCAGGCGUGUCUUUUCAGAGGUGGCUUUCUCUUCCUGUUGCCUGAGCUGCUCUUUUAACAGGUUCACCUCCUGAGAUAAGGCAGCCAUUUCACCCUUGAUUCGGACUGCUUCCUUCUCCUCUCCUGCAAGUCUCUGAGAUUCAGACUCAAGGAUCUGAAUGACAGGCCUGCAAGAAAUUGGGACCAUGUCUCCUUUUUGUCCCUGCUGACUUGGAGGAGAGUAUUUGUCAUGGACUGACUCGCGAUCCUCCCCAUCCGACUCCCAAUCUGAGGCGUCCAUUGUAGGCUCCAAUUGGAGUUGUCUAUAUCUCUCUUGAGCCUCUUGCCGGCGGGCUUCGACUUCUGCAUCUUUUUUGACUUUGACAGCUUGGCGCAUCAGAUUUUGUUCAUUGAUGUUAAAGUUGCCAAAAUCAUCAUCAUCAUCCAGAUCAUACAGAUCUGCAGGCACCGCGUUUGCAUAUUUGUUGGUCCCCUGAUCCAGAGGGAUGGGGGUGGCCUUGUUCUUCCUCUUGUUCCUUCUUUUUCUCGUGUUCAUCUUCUUACUGGAACUGUAGAUGGUCUUGCUCAUGUUCAUGUUCAUCUCACUGGAACUGUGGACGUUCAUGUUCAUGUUCAUGUUCAUCUUCUGACUGGAACUGCAGGUGGUCAUGUUCCUGUUCGUGUACCUGUUCGUAGAUGUUCACUAAAACUGAGGUUCUCUGUGUUUGUCGCUGUCUGGCACUGAUGGCUGGACUGUCUUAAAGACGGAUUUUGUGAGGCUAAGCAUCAACAAGCUUUAAGAUGAAACGAUCAUUGAGUCUGUGAAAAAAGAUGAAAGGAUCGAUGACAUCAUCAAUGACAUCACUACAUCACAAAACGUGAUGUCAUCAGGGUAAAUUUCCAUGUUUGGAAAAAAAACAUUCUCAGACGGCAUGACAACAUAGUUGUUUAUUUUCAAAUUUGAAAAAAAAAAAAAAAAUUCCAAAGACGUGUUGCCAUAGUUGUUUAUUUUUAAAUUUGGACAAAAAAUUAAUAAACGCACAUUUUCAAGACAAUGUGUGCAUUCGUAUAAUUAAAUAUUUUAAUUGGUUUAAUUGAUUUUCUCCUUUUGAUUAUUAAUUUUUCAAAAUUGCAGCUAUUAAAUACUUUAUUUGCAAAUACAAAGCAGAAAAUAAAAUAUAUUUAAAAAGGUUUCUAACCAAUAAAUCGAGUUUAAUUCGAAUUCACUUUUUUGUGAUCGCAAGGCUUCAAUGAAGUACAGAAGCUCUUCACAUGAAUAACACUUUAGAAGCACAAGCACUGUUCAGUGGUCUCACACUGUCUGUCCAUCAACAUGGAGUUAAAGGCCCCAAGUGAAAUGAGCUGUAGGAGUUUGAGCUCAGUUUGUGAGGAGUUCCAUGUGCUGUGGAGGCAGCAAAACUGAACGCUCUCUUCCCCAGUUCAGUUCUGACACGGAGGACAGAGAGGUGGAGAACGUCACAGGAAUGUAGGACAUAGCGGCAUUUAGUUCUCUGAAGAAAAGUACAUAAAUAAGAUGGAUCUAAGUUGAGAAGAGCCUUGUAAAUCACGGUCAGCCAGUGCGUACUCCUGUGUGCCCUUAAAGAAGGCCAGCCAGUGUUAACAUACAAAUAACAUGAUGCGUGAGAUGAAUAUCACCAGUGAUAAACCUUAGAGUGCUGUGAUAAACAGUAUUUAAGAACUGGAGACAUUUCAGCAAAGCACCCAUAUGCAGCACAUCUCCAUAAUCUAUUGAGAAAGAAUUGUUGCUGAUACAAGUGGUUUCCUGGCUCUAAGUGAGAAGCAAGAUCUAUAUCGAUGGUAAAACCCGAGCUUCACCCUGAGUUUGUUGACCAGUUCUGCAAUAAUUAAAUAAUUUGUGCUUGUGUAGCACUUGACAUGUAAUCUACUGACCUCUAUUAGUGUUUUUAUGUUAUAUUCACCCAUUCACACUAUGGUCAUUUGUGAUUUCUUUUCCAUUUUCAAGUAACAGGGGGUGGCUCAACUUACCCCACUCUCUCCUAAAGGAAAAGGUGUGCAGGUAUCUUCUUACCUACAAACUGAGUCAGGAUUACUUGGAGUUAAAUUAAUACACCAAUAGACAAGACCUGUGUCUACAUUUUAAAGUUUGAGUGGAGUCUCUAGGUGAAAGUAUGCAGAGCUGGUAGGUGUUCUGAAAACUUCUAUGGCUCUUUUUUUUUUUAAAUUUUUUUUUGAAAGACAAAUAAGGUGCCAAAAAACGACAAUAAGAAGGCAAAAACAUGAAGUCUGUGAGGAGCUGAUGUGACUUGCUGCCACUCUCAGGGCGCUCGAGUCACAAGAAAAUGUUCCCUGACCGGGAAUCGAACCCGGGCCGCGGCGGUGAGAGCGCCGAAUCCUAACCACUAGACCACCAGGGACGCAAAAUUGAUACACCAUUGAUACACCAGUGGAGAGCCGGUUACUGAGUGUCCGCUUACUUAUACUCUUGUCAGCCAUUACCAUAACGUCAAUCCUGUUAUUGUCAUUUAUUUGAUAAAAGUGUAAAAAAUGACAACUCAAAUGGGCUUUCAACACUCACCAUUAUAAUUUAAAUUAAUGAUAUUUUAGAUUGGACCAUUUUUCAACAUUUCUCCUCUAAAAAAUAUCCGAUAUAGGUUGAGACAUGAUGGCCAUGCAAAAUUAGGAUAUAUUUGAUCAUCUAAAUGACAAAUAUCUAAUUGGAAAAAAAAUCUACAAAAUAAAAUGAUCUCAAUGGAAAGAGAGACCAAAGUACUGCUAAUAUAUGUAACAUAUAUUGCAUAUUUCUAAUUAGAAAUAUUGUACUUUGUUAAGUUUAUGUCGGUAACAGGGUUGACAAGAUCAUGAAAACAGCCAUGAGAAAAACGGUUAUAAAAUAUAAAUUAACACAGCCUGAGAUGGCACAAUAUCAUUUCCUGCCAUUUUAAACAUUCUUUGAUUCUUGGGUACUUAAAAAUUAACAAUUAAAUAUAGUUUAAAUUAAGUUUUCUAAGCUGAAAAGGCACAGAUUUCAUGGAAUGACCCAUACGCUAUUCAACUGGUACAAUGAUUCUUUUUGUUAUUAUUGCAUAUAACUGCUAAGAAGCUGUCUCGUAAAAAGCCAUUUUAACAUGAGAAUGCCUUUAAGUGAUUCAGAACAUUCACAGCUGUAUUUUUGAAAAGAAAAAGACAAACAUUUCAACAAUCUGAACUGAAACUCUGAUCCUCUCAUCAGACUCCUUUACUUUCUCACUUGAGCCACUGGCUCAGCUUACCCCAGAACUACUAUUCUGACUAUUUGUCCUCAAAGCUAAAAUGGUGGACUUUUGUGCUCGUUUUUUUUGACCUCAUGUUGUAGCUCAUAGAUACCACUAUUGAUGUAUAAAACAAAUUUAAAAUGAUCUUUUUUGGUCUGAACACAAUUCUAAUCAAACUUAUGACAGACAAAAUUCCCUUUCAAGAGUAAAAAAUGUUUUUCUUUAGAAAUAAACGUCUAACCCCUUCACCCAUGUGCUUUGAACCUUCACAGACUCCAUGAAUUGAUGCCCAUCUCCUAAAUAUUUGGUCACAUGAUCAAUUUCUUUUUCCAUUUUCAAGUAACAGGGGGUGGCUUAACUUACCCUACUCUCUCCUAAAGGAAAAGGUGUGCAGGUAUCUUCUUACCUACAAACUGAGUCAGGAUUACUUGGAGUUGAUUAAUCCACCAAUAGACAAGACCUGUGUCUACAUUUUAAAGUUUGAGUGGAGUCUCUAGGUGAAAGUAUGCAAAGCCGGUAGGUGUUCUGAAAACUUCUAUGGCUCUUUUUUUUUUUUUUUUGACUUUUUCCAUUGACUUUUAUGCAAAAUUUGAACACAAUUUUAUUGCAACUUAUGUUGCAAAAAGUUUAAAUACAAUAAAAAAAAAGUAAUAUCACACCAAUCCUGAUCAAACUGCAUGUUUUGAUAUGUUAUUCGUCCUACAACCCUUCAAGCUGUAGGACUAGCAGUGAACCAAAAUUUGUCCAGACGAAGAAGAAGAAAAAAUCCACAACAUAACAAUAGUGCCAUGGCUUUGCGUUUAGUGCCAAUAACACAAUCACCCGACUGAAAGCUUAAACUUCAGUAAAACAACCUUCACUCUGUUAUUAUUGUAUCUUCUUUCCAUUAUGGUCCUUAUAAUAACCAGUGGAAAAAAGAUUGUUAUGACACCUCUUAUUUAACCCUGUAAGAUACUUAUAAACUGUCCACCUGAUUCUUAUAAAACCCCACAGGUGUCUUAUUAGCAAUAAUAGAUGUGUUCAUCAUGCUUAUUUUAACACUUAGAAUUCAUUAAUGUUGCAAACAACAUGGCAAAUGAAUAGUAAAUACUGAAAUAUGUUGAAAAACAUGACGAUUUAAUCAUCCAAACCAACGUAAAUGAGGGGGCACAUCAGGAUAGACCUAAAAUAGAUUGAAUAUGGGAUGCAUUUACAGCAUACAUAUGAGGGGUAUUGUUAGGAUUUGUUGGGUUUAUGCAGACUUGCAUAAUAAAAUAGACAAACUGAGGACACAUGAAAAAUUUAGAAACAAAGCACAAUCUUCAGACAUGAUAAACUGUUGUUACACCUCUUUAAGAAGUGAAAACUAAAUAUGAAUUGAGAAAAUUAUAAUGGACGCUGUAAGUGUCAGUGUAACAAUGUAGUGAGAGAGACAAAAAGUGAGUCAAAAACACCCCAAAUAUGUUAAGAACUACAAAUGAACUUUCUUCUGUCGAGUCUUGGUUUUUUUUUGUGUUUUUUUUGUCACAAUACCAACCCUCCUCCUUUAUCCGGGCUUGGGACCGGCAAAAAUGACCCAAUUGAGACAUUUUGGCGGAGUUACUGGGUUUUAUUUUUCAUACACAAUUGUAUAAAAAUGAGGGAAACCGAAGCACUCGGAGAAAACCCCUUCACCAGCCUCAGUGAGGCUGUAACCCAGAGAGUAAACUGGACACUGAGGCGGGACCUCAGGCCUCAACCCUCUUCAAAUGUACAUAUUCACAAUAUGUGUUUUUUGUGGGAGUUUUUUGUGUUUUUUUGUGGGAGUUUUUUGUGUAUUUUUUUAUGGGAGUUUUUUGUGUGUUUUUUUUUUUCAAUGAAUGCAUGUCAUGCGUCUUUAAGAGGUCUGUGUGUCUCUUUUAAAGAGCCCCGUGAACCUUUUCUUCAAAGACCUCUUUGGUGGCCUCCUGACCGCCUCCAACUGCUCCUCCAGUCUCCUCACUUUAUCCAUUACAGUAUCAUUUGGUGGGGAUGUCUGAGUCUGAAUCUCAGUCUCCUUCACUUCACAAUCCUGCUGAAUGACGGUGAUGGACUCCAUCGAGGAGGCUUUCUCUCUCUGCCACUGGAGCUUGUGUCUCUCCAGAUCCUCAUAGGCCUGGUUCAGCGAGGUCUCCAAAGUAAAAGAUUUCUCCUUUUCUGCAAGGAGCUGUGACCUGUCCUCUUCCCACUGACUUGUCUUCCUGGACAGGUCCUCCUGAGCCUGAUGAAGAGCAGACUUCAGCUGACUGACUUCCUCGUGAUGCUUGCGAUUCUGGUUCUCAUCACUUUCCAGGACCUCAUCUAGGGAAGCUCUUAUCCGGCUUCUUUCCUCCUCUUUUUCUCUCAAAAGACCUGAGAAGUCCUCGUCCUGAGCCUUCAGCUUCUCCUGAGCCUGGAUGAGCUUGACCUUUAAGGAUUCUUGCUCCAGAAUAAGGUCAGCUCUCACUUUAUUCGCCUUGUUCUUUUGGUCUUUUAGCUGUUCUCGUAACUGGGCGAGGUCCUCUUUCAACUUGCAGCGGUCCAGUUUCUGCUGAAUGCGAGCUCUUUCGUGAUUCCACUGCUGUCUAUUCUUUCUCAGCUUCUCUUGAGCUUCGCUGAGGUCUUCUCUUAACUUGGAGGACUCCUCUGUCUGUGAGAGUAGAUGAGUCCUUUCCUCCUCCCAUUGUUUUCUUUCAUUUUUUAGGUCUUUUUUGGUCUGACUCAGGACUUCCUUUAGUUUGGAGGCGUCUUCUUUCUCUGAGAGGAGCUGUGUUCUCUCCUUCUCCCACUGCUGCUGGUCCUCUCGAGCCUUGGCUAGGGCGUCCUUUAACUUGCCAUUUUCCCCCUUGAGGAAGAGGACACAUGCUCUCUCUUCCUCCAACUGUUUGUUUUUCUUCUUCAGGUCUUUCUGGGCCUGGUUGAGAGAAGCUCUCACCUUCCUGGACCCAUCUUUUCCUGAGAGUCCAUCCACCUGCUGGCUCUGCUUCUUCAGAUCUUCCUCAGCCUUCUCGAGAGCAGCCUUCAAUCUGCAGAUUUCCUCUUUGUCAGUCAGAAGACAGGAUCUCUCCUCCUCCCACUGGCAGGUCUUGGUCUGCAGAUCUUCUUGAGUCUGUUUCAGCUCAGCCUUGACGGUGGACAGCUCUUCUUUCAUCUCAUCCAGGAGAGAAGUCUUGUCCUCCUCCCUCUCAGGGUUCGCGGUGGCAGUUUCUUCUUGGACCUGGUUUGGCUCUGUGGUGUGACAGUUGUCUUCUGUCACCUUGGCCUGCUGCUCAGCCCACAGAAGCCUCUGCUGCUCCUGUGUCACUAGUGCAUAGUGAAGUGCAGCACGAAGAUGCAUGACGUCCCCCAGGAGCUGGGCUCUGUCUUGCCCCCAUUGGUUCCUCACCUCAGUGACGGCCAUGUCCAUAUAAGCCUGCAGUCUGGAGGUCAGCUCUGUUUGCUGGGCCAGGCACUCCUCUGUCUCCCUCCGCUUCCUCUUUUCAGCUUCACAGUCCUCCUUAAGUUUUUCCAUUUCAAGGACUGCCUCUCCUGCUUUCUCUAGCUUAGCUGACACUUCAGUGAGCAGGCGUGUCUUUUCAGAGGUGGCUUUCUCUUCCUGUUGUCUGAGCUGCUCUUUUAACAGGUUCACCUCCUGAGAUAAGGCAGCCAUUUCACCCUUGAUUCGGACUGCUUCCUUCUCCUCUCCUGCAAGUCUCUGAGAUUCAGACUCAAGGAUCUGAAUGACAGGCCUGCAAGAAAUUGGGACCAUGUCUCCUUUUUGUCCCUGCUGACUUGGAGGAGAGUAUUUGUCAUGGACUGACUCGCGAUCCUCCCCAUCCGACUCCCAAUCUGAGGCGUCCAUUGUAGGCUCCAAUUGGAGUUGUCUAUAUCUCUCCUGAGCCUCUUGCCGGCGGGCUUCGACUUCUGCAUCUUUUUCGACUUUGACAGCUUGGCGCAUCAGAUUUUGUUCAUUGAUGUUAAAGUUGCCAAAAUCAUCAUCAUCAUCCAGAUCAUACAGAUCUGCAGGCACCGCGUUUGCAUAUUUGUUGGUCCCCUGAUCCAGAGGGAUGGGGGUGGCUUUGUUCUUCCUCUUGUUCCUUCUUUUUCUCGUGUUCAUCUUCUUACUGGAACUGUAGAUGGUCUUGCUCAUGUUCAUGUUCAUCUCACUGGAACUGUGGACGUUCAUGUUCAUGUUCAUGUUCAUCUUCUGACUGGAACUGCAGGUGGUCAUGUUCCUGUUCGUGUACCUGUUCGUAGAUGUUCACUAAAACUGAGGUUCUCUGUGUUUGUCGCUGUCUGGCACUGAUGGCUGGACUGUCUUAAAGACGGAUUUUGUGAGGCUAAGCAUCAACAAGCUUUAAGAUGAAACGAUCAUUGAGUCUGUGAAAAAAGAUGAAAGGAUCGAUGACAUCAUCAAUGACAUCACUAAAUCACAAAACGUGAUGUCAUCAGGGUAAAUUUCCAUGUUUGGAAAAAAAACAUUCUCAGACGGCAUGACAACAUAGUUGUUUAUUUUCAAAUUUGAAAAAAAAAAAAUUCCAAAGACAUGUUGCCAUAGUUGUUUAUUUUUAAAUUUGGACAAAAAAUUAAUAAACGCACAUUUUCAAGACAAUGUGUGCAUUCGUAUAAUUAAAUAUUUUAAUUGGUUUAAUUGAUUUUCUCCUUUUGAUUAUUAAUUUUUCAAAAUUGCAGCUAUUAAAUACUUUAUUUGCAAAUACAAAGCAGAAAAUAAAAUAUUUUUUAAAAGGUUUCUAACCAAUAAAUCGAGUUUAAUUCGAAUUCACUUUUUUGUGAUCGCAAGGCUUCAAUGAAGUACAGAAGCUCUUCACAUGAAUAACACUUUAGAAGCACAAGCACUGUUCAGUGGUCUCACACUGUCUGUCCAUCAACAUGGAGUUAAAGGCCCCAAGUGAAAUGAGCUGUAGGAGUUUGAGCUCAGUUUGUGAGGAGUUCCAUGUGCUGUGGAGGCAGCAAAACUGAACGCUCUCUUCCCCAGUUCAGUUCUGACACGGAGGACAGAGAGGUGGAGAACGUCACAGGAAUGUAGGACAUAGCGGCAUUUAGUUCUCUGAAGAAAAGUACAUAAAUAAGAUGGAUCUAAGUUGGGAAGAGCCUUGUAAAUCACGGUCAGCCAGUGCGUACUCCUGUGUGCCCUUAAAGAAGGCCAGCCAGUGUUAACAUACAAAUAACAUGAUGCGUGAGAUGAAUAUCACCAGUGAUAAACCUUAGAGUGCUGUGAUAAACAGUAUUUAAGAACUGGAGACAUUUCAGCAAAGCACCUUUAUGCAACAAAUCUCCAUAAUCGAUUAGAGAAAGAAUUGCUGCUGAUACAAGUGGUUUCCUGGCUCUAACUGAGAAGCAAGAUCUAUAUCGAUGGUAAAACCCGAGCUUCACCCUGAGUUUGUUGACCAGUUCUGCAAUAAUUAAAUAAUUUGUGCUUGUGUAGCACUUGACAUGUAAUCUACUGACCUCUAUUAGUGUUUUUAUGUUAUAUUCACCCAUUCACACUAUGGUCAUUUGUGAUUUCUUUUCCAUUUUCAAGUAACAGGGGGUGGCUCAACUUACCCCACUCUCUCCUAAAGGAAAAGGUGUGCAGGUAUCUUCUUACCUACAAACUGAGUCAGGAUUACUUGGAGUUAAAUUAAUACACCAAUAGACAAGACCUGUGUCUACAUUUUAAAGUUUAAGUGGAGUCUCCAGGUGAAAGUAUGCAGAGCUGGUAGGUGUUCUGAAAACUUCUAUGGCUCUUUUUUUUUUUAAAUUUUUUUUUGAAAGACAAAUAAGGUGCCAAAAAACGACAAUAAGAAGGCAAAAACAUGAAGUCUGUGAGGAGCUGAUGUGACUUGCUGCCACUCUCAGGGCGCUCGAGUCACAAGAAAAUGUUCCCUGACCGGGAAUCGAACCCGGGCCGCGGCGGUGAGAGCGCCGAAUCCUAACCACUAGACCACCAGGGACGCAAAAUUGAUACACCAUUGAUACACCAGUGGAGAGCCGGUUACUGAGUGUCCGCUUACUUAUACUCUUGUCAGCCAUUACCAUAACGUCAAUCCUGUUAUUGUCAUUUAUUUGAUAAAAGUGUAAAAAAUGACAACUCAAAUGGGCUUUCAACACUCACCAUUAUAAUUUGAAUUAAUGAUAUUUUAGAUUGGGCCAUUUUUCAACAUUUCUCCUCUAAAAAAUAUCCGAUAUAGGUUGAGACAUGAUGGCCAUGCAAAAUUAGGAUAUAUUUGAUCAUCUAAAUGACAAAUAUCUAAUUGGAAAAAAAAUCUACAAAAUAAAAUGAUCUCAAUGGAAAGAGAGACCAAAGUACUGCUAAUAUAUGUAACAUAUAUUGCAUAUUUCUAAUUAGAAAUAUUGUACUUUGUUAAGUUUAUGUUGGUAACAGGGUUGACAAGAUCAUGAAAACAGCCAUGAGAAAAACGGUUAUAAAAUAUAAAUUAACACAGCCUGAGAUGGCACAAUAUCAUUUCCUGCCAUUUUAAACAUUCUUUGAUUCUUGGGUACUUAAAAAUUAACAAUUAAAUAUAGUUUAAAUGAAGUUUUCUAAGCUGAAAAGGCACAGAUUUCAUGGAAUGACCCAUACGCUAUUCAACUGGUACAAUGAUUCUUUUUGUUAUUAUUGCAUAUAACUGCUAAGAAGCUGUCUCGUAAAAAGCCAUUUUAACAUGAGAAUGCCUUUAAGUGAUUCAGAACAUUCACAGCUGUAUUUUUGAAAAGAAAAAGACAAACAUUUCAACAAUCUGAACUGAAACUCUGAUCCUCUCAUCAGACUCCUUUACUUUCUCACUUGAGCCACUGGCUCAGCUUACCCCAGAACUACUUUUCUGACUAUUAGUCCUCAAAGCUAAAAUGGUGGACUUUUGUGCUCGUUUUUUUUUACCUCAUGUUGUAGCUCAUAGAUACCACUAUUGAUGUAUAAAACAAAUUUAAAAUGAUCUUUUUUGGUCUGAACACAAUUCUAAUCAAACUUAUGACAGACAAAAUUCCCUUUCAAGAGUAAAAAAUGUUUUUCUUUAGAAAUAAACGUCUAACCCCUUCACCCAUGUGCUUUGAACCUUCAUAGACUCCAUGAAUUGAUGCCCAUCGCCUAAAUAUUUGGUCACAUGAUCAAUUUCUUUUUCCAUUUUCAAGUAACAGGGGGUGGCUUAACUUACCCCACUCUCUCCUAAAGGAAAAGGUGUGCAGGUAUCUUCUUACCUACAAACUGAGUCAGGAUUACUUGGAGUUGAUUAAUACACCAAUAGACAAGACCUGUGUCUACAUUUUAAAGUUUGAGUGGAGUCUCUAGGUGAAAGUAUGCAAAGCCGGUAGGUGUUCUGAAAACUUCUAUGGCUCUUUUUUUUUUUUUGACUUUUUCCAUUGACUUUUAUGCAAAAUUUGAACACAAUUUUAUUGCAACUUAUGUUGCAAAAAGUUUAAAUACAAUAAAAAAAAAAGUAAUAUCACACCAAUCCUGAUCAAACUGCAUGUUUUGAUAUGUUAUUCGUCCUACAACCCUUCAAGCUGUAGGACUAGCAGUGAACCAAAAUUUGUCCAGACGAAGAAGAAAAAAUCCACAACAUAACAAUAGUGCCAUGGCUUUGCGUUUAGUGCCAAUAACACAAUCACCCGACUGAAAGCUUAAACUUCAGUAAAACAACCUUCACUCUGUUAUUGUUGUAUCUUCUUUCCAUUAAGGUCCUUAUAAUAACCAGUGGAAAAAAGAUUGUUAUGACACCUCUUAUUUAACCCUGUAAGAUACUUAUAAACUGUCCACCUGAUUCUUAUAAAACCCCACAGGUGUCUUAUUAGCAAUAAUAGAUGUGUUCAUCAUGCUUAUUUUAACACUUAGAAUUUAUUAAUGUUGCAAACAACAUGGCAAAUGAAUAGUAAAUACUGAAAUAUAUUGAAAAACAUAACGAUUUAAUCAUCCAAACCAACGUAAAUGAGGGGGCACAUCAGGAUAGACCUAAAAUAGAUUGAAUAUGGGAUGCAUUCACAGCAUACAUACAAGGGGUAUUGUUAGGAUUUGUUGGGUUUAUGCAGACUUGCAUAAUAAAAUAGACAAACUGAAGACACAUGAAAAAUUUAGAAACAAAGCACAAUCUUCAGACAUGAUAAACUGUUGUUACACCUCUUUAAGAAGUGAAAACUAAAUAUGAAUUGAGAAAAUUAUAAUGGACGCUGUAAGUGUCAGUGUAACAAUGUAGUGAGAGAGACAAAAAGUGAGUCAAAAACACCCCAAAUAUGUUAAGAACUACAAAUGAACUUUCUUCUGUCGAGUCUUGUUUUUUUUUUGUGUUUUUUUUGUCACAAUACCAACCCUCCUCCUUUAUCCGGGCUUGGGACCGGCAAAAAUGACCCAAUUGAGACAUUUUGGCGGAGUUACUGGGUUUUUUUUAUUUUUCAUACACAAUUGUAUAAAAAUGAGGGAAACCGAAGCACUCGGAGAAAACCCCUUCACCAGCCUCAGUGAGGCUGUAACCCAGAGAGUAAACUGGACACUGAGGCGGGACCUCAGGCCUCAACCCUCUUCAAAUGUACAUAUUCACAAUAUGUGUUUUUUGUGGGAGUUUUUUGUGUGGUUUUUUUCGUGUUUUUUUGUGGGAGUUUUUUGUAUGUUUUUUUUUUUUUUUCAAUGAAUGCAUGUCAUGCGUCUUUAAGAGGUCUGUGUGUCUCUUUUAAAGAGCCCCUGAAACCUUUUCCUCAAAGACCUCUUUGGUGGCCUCCUGACCGCCUCCAACUGCUCCUCCAGUCUCCUCACUUUAUCCAUUACAGUAUCAUUUGGUGGGGAUGUCUGAGUCUGAAUCUCAGUCUCCUUCACUUCACAAUCCUGCUGAAUGACGGUGAUGGACUCCAUCGAGGAGGCUUUCUCUCUCUGCCACUGGAGCUUGUGUCUCUCCAGAUCCUCAUAGGCCUGGUUCAGCGAGGUCUCCAAAGUAAAAGAUUUCUCCUUUUCUGCAAGGAGCUGUGACCUGUCCUCUUCCCACUGACUUGUCUUCCUGGACAGGUCCUCCUGAGCCUGAUGAAGAGCAGACUUCAGCUGACUGACUUCCUCGUGAUGCUUGCGAUUCUGGUUCUCAUCACUUUCCAGGACCUCAUCUAGGGAAGCUCUUAUCCGGCUUCUUUCCUCCUCUUUUUCUCUCAAAAGACCUGAGAAGUCCUCGUCCUGAGCCUUCAGCUUCUCCUGAGCCUGGAUGAGCUUGACCUUUAAGGAUUCUUGCUCCAGAAUAAGGUCAGCUCUCACUUUAUUCGCCUUGUUCUUUUGGUCUUUUAGCUGUUCUCGUAACUGGGCGAGGUCCUCUUUCAACUUGCAGCGGUCCAGUUUCUGCUGAAUGCGAGCUCUUUCGUGAUUCCACUGCUGUCUGUUCUUUCUCAGCUUCUCUUGAGCUUCGCUGAGGUCUGCUCUUAACUUGGAGGACUCCUCUGUCUGUGAGAGUAGAUGAGUCCUUUCCUCCUCCCAUUGUUUUCUUUCAUUUUUUAGGUCUUUUUUGGUCUGACUCAGGACUUCCUUUAGUUUGGAGGCGUCUUCUUUCUCUGAGAGGAGCUGUGUUCUCUCCUUCUCCCACUGCUGCUGGUCCUCUUGAGCCUUGGCUAGGGCGUCCUUUAACUUGCCAUUUUCCCCCUUGAGGAAGAGGACACAUGCUCUCUCUUCCUCCAACUGUUUGUUUUUCUUCUUCAGGUCUUUCUGGGCCUGGUUGAGAGAAGCUCUCACCUUCCUGGACCCAUCUUUUCCUGAGAGUCCAUCCACCUGCUGGCUCUGCUUCUUCAGAUCUUCCUCAGCCUUCUCGAGAGCAGCCUUCAAUCUGCAGAUUUCCUCUUUGUCAGUCAGAAGACAGGAUCUCUCCUCCUCCCACUGGCAGGUCUUGGUCUGCAGAUCUUCUUGAGUCUGUUUCAGCUCAGCCUUGACGGUGGACAGCUCUUCUUUCAUCUCAUCCAGGAGAGAAGUCUUGUCCUCCUCCCUCUCAGGGUUCUCGGUGGCAGUUUCUUCUUGGACCUGGUUUGGCUCUGUGGUGUGACAGUUGUCUUCUGUCACCUUGGCCUGCUGCUCAGCCCACAGAAGCCUCUGGUUCUCCUGUGUCACUAGUGCAUGGUGAAGUGCAGCACGAAGAUGCAUGACGUCCCCCAGGAGCUGGGCUCUGUCUUGCCCCCAUUGGUUCCUCACCUCAGUGACGGCCAUGUCCAUAUAAGCCUGCAGUCUGGAGGUCAGCUCUGUUUGCUGGGCCAGGCACUCCUCUGUCUCUGUCCGCUUCCUCUUUUCAGCUUCACAGUCCUCCUUAAGUUUUUCCAUUUCAAGGACUGCCUCUCCUGCUUUCUCUAGCUUAGCUGACACUUCAGUGAGCAGGCGUGUCUUUUCAGAGGUGGCUUUCUCUUCCUGUUGCCUGAGCUGCUCUUUUAACAGGUUCACCUCCUGAGAUAAGGCAGCCAUUUCACCCUUGAUUCGGACUGCUUCCUUCUCCUCUCCUGCAAGUCUCUGAGAUUCAGACUCAAGGAUCUGAAUGACAGGCCUGCAAGAAAUUGGGACCAUGUCUCCUUUUUGUCCCUGCUGACUUGGAGGAGAGUAUUUGUCAUGGACUGACUCGCGAUCCUCCCCAUCCGACUCCCAAUCUGAGGCGUCCAUUGUAGGCUCCAAUUGGAGUUGUCUAUAUCUCUCCUGAGCCUCUUGCCGGCGGGCUUCGACUUCUGCAUCUUUUUUGACUUUGACAGCUUGGCGCAUCAGAUUUUGUUCAUUGAUGUUAAAGUUGCCAAAAUCAUCAUCAUCAUCCAGAUCAUACAGAUCUGCAGGCACCGCGUUUGCAUAUUUGUUGGUCCCCUGAUCCAGAGGGAUGGGGGUGGCCUUGUUCUUCCUCUUGUUUCUUCUUUUUCUCGUGUUCAUCUUCUUACUGGAACUGUAGAUGGUCUUGCUCAUGUUCAUGUUCAUCUCACUGGAACUGUGGAUGUUCAUGUUCAUGUUCAUGUUCAUCUUCUGACUGGAACUGCAGGUGGUCAUGUUCCUGUUCGUGUACCUGUUCGUAGAUGUUCACUAAAACUGAGGUUCUCUGUGUUUGUCGCUGUCUGGCACUGAUGGCUGGACUGUCUUAAAGACGGAUUUUGUGAAGCUAAGCAUCAACAAGCUUUAAGAUGAAACGAUCAUUGAGUCUGUGAAAAAAGAUGAAAGGAUCGAUGACAUCAUCAAUGACAUCACUACAUCACAAAACGUGAUGUCAUCAGGGUAAAUUUCCAUGUUUGGAAAAAAAACAUUCUCAGACGGCAUGACAACAUAGUUGUUUAUUUUCAAAUUUGAAAAAAAAAAAAUUCCAAAGACGUGUUGCCAUAGUUGUUUAUUUUUAAAUUUGGACAAAAAAUUAAUAAACGCACAUUUUCAAGACAAUGUGUGCAUUCGUAUAAUUAAAUAUUUUAAUUGGUUUAAUUGAUUUUCUCCUUUUGAUUAUUAAUUUUUCAAAAUUGCAGCUAUUAAAUACUUUAUUUGCAAAUACAAAGCAGAAAAUAAAAUAUAUUUAAAAAGGUUUCUAACCAAUAAAUCGAGUUUAAUUCGAAUUCACUUUUUUGUGAUCGCAAGGCUUCAAUGAAGUACAGAAGCUCUUCACAUGAAUAACACUUUAGAAGCACAAGCACUGUUCAGUGGUCUCACACUGUCUGUCCAUCAACAUGGAGUUAAAGGCCCCAAGUGAAAUGAGCUGUAGGAGUUUGAGCUCAGUUUGUGAGGAGUUCCAUGUGCUGUGGAGGCAGCAAAACUGAACGCUCUCUUCCCCAGUUCAGUUCUGACACGGAGGACAGAGAGGUGGAGAACGUCACAGGAAUGUAGGACAUAGCGGCAUUUAGUUCUCUGAAGAAAAGUACAUAAAUAAGAUGGAUCUAAGUUGAGAAGAGCCUUGUAAAUCAUGGUCAGCCAGUGCGUACUCCUGUGUGCCCUUAAAGAAGGCCAGCCAGUGUUAACAUACAAAUAACAUGAUGCGUGAGAUGAAUAUCACCAGUGAUAAACCUUAGAGUGCUGUGAUAAACAGUAUUUAAGAACUGGAGACAUUUCAGCAAAGCACCUUUAUGCAACAAAUCUCCAUAAUCGAUUAGAGAAAGAAUUGCUGCUGAUACAAGUGGUUUCCUGGCUCUAACUGAGAAGCAAGAUCUAUAUCGAUGGUAAAACCCGAGCUUCACCCUGAGUUUGUUGACCAGUUCUGCAAUAAUUAAAUAAUUUGUGCUUGUGUAGCACUUGACAUGUAAUCUACUGACCUCUAUUAGUGUUUUUAUGUUAUAUUCACCCAUUCACACUAUGGUCAUUUGUGAUUUCUUUUCCAUUUUCAAGUAACAGGGGGUGGCUCAACUUACCCCACUCUCUCCUAAAGGAAAAGGUGUGCAGGUAUCUUCUUACCUACAAACUGAGUCAGGAUUACUUGGAGUUAAAUUAAUACACCAAUAGACAAGACCUGUGUCUACAUUUUAAAGUUUAAGUGGAGUCUCCAGGUGAAAGUAUGCAGAGCUGGUAGGUGUUCUGAAAACUUCUAUGGCUCUUUUUUUUUUUUAAUUUUUUUUGAAAGACAAAUAAGGUGCCAAAAAACGACAAUAAGAAGGCAAAAACAUGAAGUCUGUGAGGAGCUGAUGUGACUUGCUGCCACUCUCAGGGCGCUCGAGUCACAAGAAAAUGUUCCCUGACCGGGAAUCGAACCCGGGCCGCGGCGGUGAGAGCGCCGAAUCCUAACCACUAGACCACCAGGGACGCAAAAUUGAUACACCAUUGAUACACCAGUGGAGAGCCGGUUACUGAGUGUCCGCUUACUUAUACUCUUGUCAGCCAUUACCAUAACGUCAAUCCUGUUAUUGUCAUUUAUUUGAUAAAAGUGUAAAAAAUGACAACUCAAAUGGGCUUUCAACACUCACCAUUAUAAUUUGAAUUAAUGAUAUUUUAGAUUGGGCCAUUUUUCAACAUUUCUCCUCUAAAAAAUAUCCGAUAUAGGUUGAGACAUGAUGGCCAUGCAAAAUUAGGAUAUAUUUGAUCAUCUAAAUGACAAAUAUCUAAUUGUAAAAAAAAUCUACAAAAUAAAAUGAUCUCAAUGGAAAGAGAGACCAAAGUACUGCUAAUAUAUGUAACUUGUGACAUACAUCACCUAGUGAUGCAACCUGGACACAUCAUCAGUGAUGUUACCUGGGAUCAUCGAGUGUUUCGGGUCUUUCAAGCAUCAUACACUCUCCUCCAGGCGACCCAGCCGGGGGUGAUCAAUCCCCAGCUUGUGUCCAGUUAAUGCUACCCUACCCACGGGUCUCCUCUCCUGAUCCACAGCCACCGUGAGGCAACCUCUGCUGCCUCCGUGGCCUCCUUGAUGGCCCUUUGCUUUCUAGGUCCUGUGAUGCCCAGCAUGCUAUAGACUCUGCAGAGGGACUGGCCUGCGAACCCUCUGCAUCCCACCUCGAUGGGCUCACAUCUUGCCCGCCACCCAUUGAGCCUACAUUCCUCCACCAGACCCUGGUAUUUGGCCCUCUUCCUCUCGUUGGCCUCCUCGAUUCGGUCUUCCCAUGGUACUGUGAGCUCCAGCAGCACGACCUGCUUGGAGGAUGUUGAGAUCAGUACCACGUCUGGCCUCAGCGAUGUUGUGGCCACAUUCUUUGGGAAUACCAGUUGUUCCCCGAGGUCAACUUUCAGCUCCCAGUCUUGAGCCGUUGCUAGCAGGCCAGAGAAGGUGGUCCUAACAGCAGCUGGUGGUUUCUCCCCGGCUCUGAUGAAGGAGAUGGACUUCCUUGUUGGGCGCAGGUGCUUGCAGUGGGCAGUUCCAUUGCAGAUGGUGUUUGCUAUGGCCUUCAAAACCUGGUCGUGGCGCCAGCGGUAGCGCCCCUCACUCAGGCCUUUUGGACAGCAGCUCAGGAUGUGCUCCAGGGUCCCUCUCUUCUGACACAGUGCACAGGCAGGCGACUCAACCUUUCCCCAGCAGAAUAAAUUAGACGGGCUCGGCAGUACGUCGUAGACGGCCUGGAUGAGGAAUUUAAUGCGCUGGGGCUCAGCUUUCCAAAGCUCAGUCCAAGUGACUUUGCGCUCUGCCGCCUGCUCCCAACGCAUCCAGGCUCCCUGCUGCCGCAUUCCAACCAUCCUGCUGGUUCUCUCUUCCUCCACUGCUGCUCGCACCUCUCCCUGGAGCAGUGCCCUCCUGUCCUUCCCCUUAGCCUUGUCGUAGCGAGGUGUUGCACCGCUACCUAGGCCUGCUCUUCCCCGGGCCGCCGUCCCCACCAACACCCUGUGCCGCAGCCGUGACUCUGCAGCAUCCACGGCCUCUGCUGCCCUCCACUUCCGCCCCGUCCUGACUUCGAUCCCGGCUUGAGAGACUUUUGGGUCGCUUGACUCUCUGUACUGCAGCACCUCUCUAGUACGGCUCACCUUGAACUCUUCAUUCAGGCUGCUGAUCGGUAGCUUCAGCAUGUUGUUUUUCCCGUAUAGUGCGAUGCUGCUGAGGCUUCGAGGCAGUCCCAGCCACUUCCUUAGGAACUUGCUGACUCUCCUCUCGAAGCUCUCAAUUGUAGAGAUUGGGAUCUCAUACACCAGGAGGGGCCAGAGAAUCCUUGGGAGGAUGCCAUGUUGGUACACCCAGGCCUUGAAUUUGCCCGGUAAGCCAGAUUUGUCCACUGUGACUAGCCAUGCCUCCAGCUCUUGGUUGGUUGACUGGAUGGCUGCUGUGUCUUUUAGGCUACAGCUGAACAUUUUCCCCAGGCUCUUCACCGGCUUUUCAGUGAUGGAUGGUAUUUGGGUGCUGUCGAGUGUGAAGUGAAACUUGUUGGUGACCUUUCCUUUCUUCAGCACGAGAGCUCUGGAUUGUAACAUAUAUUGCAUAUUUCUAAUUAGAAAUAUUGUACUUUGUUAAGUUUAUGUCGGUAACAGGGUUGACAAGAUCAUGAAAACAGCCAUGAGAAAAACGGUUAUAAAAUAUAAAUUAACACAGCCUGAGAUGGCACAAUAUCAUUUCCUGCCAUUUUAAACAUUCUUUGAUUCUUGGGUACUUAAAAAUUAACAAUUAAAUAUAGUUUAAAUUAAGUUUUCUAAGCUGAAAAGGCACAGAUUUCAUGGAAUGACCCAUACGCUAUUCAACUGGUACAAUGAUUCUUUUUGUUAUUAUUGCAUAUAACUGCUAAGAAGCUGUCUGGUAAAAAGCCAUUUUAACAUGAGAAUGCCUUUAAGUGAUUCAGAACAUUCACAGCUGUAUUUUUGAAAAGAAAAAGACAAACAUUUCAACAAUCUGAACUGAAACUCUGAUCCUCUCAUCAGACUCCUUUACUUUCUCACUUGAGCCACUGGCUCAGCUUACCCCAGAACUACUUUUCUGACUAUUAGUCCUCAAAGCUAAAAUGGUGGACUUUUGUGCUCGUUUUUUUUUACCUCAUGUUGUAGCUCAUAGAUACCACUAUUGAUGUAUAAAACAAAUUUAAAAUGAUCUUUUUUGGUCUGAACACAAUUCUAAUCAAACUUAUGACAGACAAAAUUCCCUUUCAAGAGUAAAAAAUGUUUUUCUUUAGAAAUAAACGUCUAACCCCUUCACCCAUGUGCUUUGAACCUUCACAGACUCCAUGAAUUGAUGCCCAUCGCCUAAAUAUUUGGUCACAUGAUCAAUUUCUUUUUCCAUUUUCAAGUAACAGGGGGUGGCUUAACUUACCCUACUCUCUCCUAAAGGAAAAGGUGUGCAGGUAUCUUCUUACCUACAAACUGAGUCAGGAUUACUUGGAGUUGAUUAAUCCACCAAUAGACAAGACCUGUGUCUACAUUUUAAAGUUUGAGUGGAGUCUCUAGGUGAAAGUAUGCAAAGCCGGUAGGUGUUCUGAAAACUUCUAUGGCUCUUUUUUUUUUUUUUUUUGACUUUUUCCAUUGACUUUUAUGCAAAAUUUGAACACAAUUUUAUUGCAACUUAUGUUGCAAAAAGUUUAAAUACAAUAAAAAAAAAAGUAAUAUCACACCAAUCCUGAUCAAACUGCAUGUUUUGAUAUGUUAUUCGUCCUACAACCCUUCAAGCUGUAGGACUAGCAGUGAACCAAAAUUUGUCCAGACGAAGAAGAAAAAAUCCACAACAUAACAAUAGUGCCAUGGCUUUGCGUUUAGUGCCAAUAACACAAUCACCCGACUGAAAGCUUAAACUUCAGUAAAACAACCUUCACUCUGUUAUUAUUGUAUCUUCUUUCCAUUAAGGUCCUUAUAAUAACCAGUGGAAAAAAGAUUGUUAUGACACCUCUUAUUUAACCCUGUAAGAUACUUAUAAACUGUCCACCUGAUUCUUAUAAAACCCCACAGGUGUCUUAUUAGCAAUAAUAGAUGUGUUCAUCAUGCUUAUUUUAACACUUAGAAUUUAUUAAUGUUGCAAACAACAUGGCAAAUGAAUAGUAAAUACUGAAAUAUGUUGAAAAACAUAACGAUUUAAUCAUCCAAACCAACGUAAAAGAGGGGGCACAUCAGGAUAGACCUAAAAUAGAUUGAAUAUGGGAUGCAUUUACAGCAUACAUAUGAGGGGUAUUGUUAGGAUUUGUUGGGUUUAUGCAGACUUGCAUAGUAAAAUAGACAAACUGAAGACACAUGAAAAAUUUAGAAACAAAGCACAAUCUUCAGACAUGAUAAACCGUUGUUACACCUCUUUAAGAAGUGAAAACUAAAUAUGAAUUGAGAAAAUUAUAAUGGACGCUGUAAGUGUCAGUGUAACAAUGUAGUGAGAGAGACAAAAAGUGAGUCAAAAACACCCCAAAUAUGUUAAGAACUACAAAUGAACUUUCUUCUGUCGAGUCUUGGUUUUUUUUUGUGUUUUUUUUGUCACAAUACCAACCCUCCUCCUUUAUCCGGGCUUGGGACCGGCAAAAAUGACCCAAUUGAGACAUUUUGGCGGAGUUACUGGGUUUUUUUUAUUUUUUAUACACAAUUGUAUAAAAAUGAGGGAAACCGAAGCACUCGGAGAAAACCCCUUCACCAGCCUCAGUGAGGCUGUAACCCAGAGAGUAAACUGGACACUGAGGCGGGACCUCAGGCCUCAACCCUCUUCAAAUGUACAUAUUCACAAUAUGUGUUUUUUGUGGGAGUUUUUUGUGUGGUUUUUUUCGUGUUUUUUUGUGGGAGUUUUUUGUAUGUUUUUUUUUUUUUUUCAAUGAAUGCAUGUCAUGCGUCUUUAAGAGGUCUGUGUGUCUCUUUUAAAGAGCCCCUGAAACCUUUUCCUCAAAGACCUCUUUGGUGGCCUCCUGACCGCCUCCAACUGCUCCUCCAGUCUCCUCACUUUAUCCAUUACAGUAUCAUUUGGUGGGGAUGUCUGAGUCUGAAUCUCAGUCUCCUUCACUUCACAAUCCUGCUGAAUGACGGUGAUGGACUCCAUCGAGGAGGCUUUCUCUCUCUGCCACUGGAGCUUGUGUCUCUCCAGAUCCUCAUAGGCCUGGUUCAGCGAGGUCUCCAAAGUAAAAGAUUUCUCCUUUUCUGCAAGGAGCUGUGACCUGUCCUCUUCCCACUGACUUGUCUUCCUGGACAGGUCCUCCUGAGCCUGAUGAAGAGCAGACUUCAGCUGACUGACUUCCUCGUGAUGCUUGCGAUUCUGGUUCUCAUCACUUUCCAGGACCUCAUCUAGGGAAGCUCUUAUCCGGCUUCUUUCCUCCUCUUUUUCUCUCAAAAGACCUGAGAAGUCCUCGUCCUGAGCCUUCAGCUUCUCCUGAGCCUGGAUGAGCUUGACCUUUAAGGAUUCUUGCUCCAGAAUAAGGUCAGCUCUCACUUUAUUCGCCUUGUUCUUUUGGUCUUUUAGCUGUUCUCGUAACUGGGCGAGGUCCUCUUUCAACUUGCAGCGGUCCAGUUUCUGCUGAAUGCGAGCUCUUUCGUGAUUCCACUGCUGUCUAUUCUUUCUCAGCUUCUCUUGAGCUUCGCUGAGGUCUGCUCUUAACUUGGAGGACUCCUCUGUCUGUGAGAGUAGAUGAGUCCUUUCCUCCUCCCAUUGUUUUCUUUCAUUUUUUAGGUCUUUUUUGGUCUGACUCAGGACUUCCUUUAGUUUGGAGGCGUCUUCUUUCUCUGAGAGGAGCUGUGUUCUCUCCUUCUCCCACUGCUGCUGGUCCUCUUGAGCCUUGGCUAGGGCGUCCUUUAACUUGCCAUUUUCCCCCUUGAGGAAGAGGACACAUGCUCUCUCUUCCUCCAACUGUUUGUUUUUCUUCUUCAGGUCUUUCUGGGCCUGGUUGAGAGAAGCUCUCACCUUCCUGGACCCAUCUUUUCCUGAGAGUCCAUCCACCUGCUGGCUCUGCUUCUUCAGAUCUUCCUCAGCCUUCUCGAGAGCAGCCUUCAAUCUGCAGAUUUCCUCUUUGUCAGUCAGAAGACAGGAUCUCUCCUCCUCCCACUGGCAGGUCUUGGUCUGCAGAUCUUCUUGAGUCUGUUUCAGCUCAGCCUUGACGGUGGACAGCUCUUCUUUCAUCUCAUCCAGGAGAGAAGUCUUGUCCUCCUCCCUCUCAGGGUUCUCGGUGGCAGUUUCUUCUUGGACCUGGUUUGGCUCUGUGGUGUGACAGUUGUCUUCUGUCACCUUGGCCUGCUGCUCAGCCCACAGAAGCCUCUGGUUCUCCUGUGUCACUAGUGCAUGGUGAAGUGCAGCACGAAGAUGCAUGACGUCCCCCAGGAGCUGGGCUCUGUCUUGCCCCCAUUGGUUCCUCACCUCAGUGACGGCCAUGUCCAUAUAAGCCUGCAGUCUGGAGGUCAGCUCUGUUUGCUGGGCCAGGCACUCCUCUGUCUCUGUCCGCUUCCUCUUUUCAGCUUCACAGUCCUCCUUAAGUUUUUCCAUUUCAAGGACUGCCUCUCCUGCUUUCUCUAGCUUAGCUGACACUUCAGUGAGCAGGCGUGUCUUUUCAGAGGUGGCUUUCUCUUCCUGUUGCCUGAGCUGCUCUUUUAACAGGUUCACCUCCUGAGAUAAGGCAGCCAUUUCACCCUUGAUUCGGACUGCUUCCUUCUCCUCUCCUGCAAGUCUCUGAGAUUCAGACUCAAGGAUCUGAAUGACAGGCCUGCAAGAAAUUGGGACCAUGUCUCCUUUUUGUCCCUGCUGACUUGGAGGAGAGUAUUUGUCAUGGACUGACUCGCGAUCCUCCCCAUCCGACUCCCAAUCUGAGGCGUCCAUUGUAGGCUCCAAUUGGAGUUGUCUAUAUCUCUCCUGAGCCUCUUGCCGGCGGGCUUCGACUUCUGCAUCUUUUUUGACUUUGACAGCUUGGCGCAUCAGAUUUUGUUCAUUGAUGUUAAAGUUGCCAAAAUCAUCAUCAUCAUCCAGAUCAUACAGAUCUGCAGGCACCGCGUUUGCAUAUUUGUUGGUCCCCUGAUCCAGAGGGAUGGGGGUGGCCUUGUUCUUCCUCUUGUUUCUUCUUUUUCUCGUGUUCAUCUUCUUACUGGAACUGUAGAUGGUCUUGCUCAUGUUCAUGUUCAUCUCACUGGAACUGUGGAUGUUCAUGUUCAUGUUCAUGUUCAUCUUCUGACUGGAACUGCAGGUGGUCAUGUUCCUGUUCGUGUACCUGUUCGUAGAUGUUCACUAAAACUGAGGUUCUCUGUGUUUGUCGCUGUCUGGCACUGAUGGCUGGACUGUCUUAAAGACGGAUUUUGUGAAGCUAAGCAUCAACAAGCUUUAAGAUGAAACGAUCAUUGAGUCUGUGAAAAAAGAUGAAAGGAUCGAUGACAUCAUCAAUGACAUCACUACAUCACAAAACGUGAUGUCAUCAGGGUAAAUUUCCAUGUUUGGAAAAAAAACAUUCUCAGACGGCAUGACAACAUAGUUGUUUAUUUUCAAAUUUGAAAAAAAAAAAAAUUCCAAAGACGUGUUGCCAUAGUUGUUUAUUUUUAAAUUUGGACAAAAAAUUAAUAAACGCACAUUUUCAAGACAAUGUGUGCAUUCGUAUAAUUAAAUAUUUUAAUUGGUUUAAUUGAUUUUCUCCUUUUGAUUAUUAAUUUUUCAAAAUUGCAGCUAUUAAAUACUUUAUUUGCAAAUACAAAGCAGAAAAUAAAAUAUAUUUAAAAAGGUUUCUAACCAAUAAAUCGAGUUUAAUUCGAAUUCACUUUUUUGUGAUCGCAAGGCUUCAAUGAAGUACAGAAGCUCUUCACAUGAAUAACACUUUAGAAGCACAAGCACUGUUCAGUGGUCUCACACUGUCUGUCCAUCAACAUGGAGUUAAAGGCCCCAAGUGAAAUGAGCUGUAGGAGUUUGAGCUCAGUUUGUGAGGAGUUCCAUGUGCUGUGGAGGCAGCAAAACUGAACGCUCUCUUCCCCAGUUCAGUUCUGACACGGAGGACAGAGAGGUGGAGAACGUCACAGGAAUGUAGGACAUAGCGGCAUUUAGUUCUCUGAAGAAAAGUACAUAAAUAAGAUGGAUCUAAGUUGAGAAGAGCCUUGUAAAUCAUGGUCAGCCAGUGCGUACUCCUGUGUGCCCUUAAAGAAGGCCAGCCAGUGUUAACAUACAAAUAACAUGAUGCGUGAGAUGAAUAUCACCAGUGAUAAACCUUAGAGUGCUGUGAUAAACAGUAUUUAAGAACUGGAGACAUUUCAGCAAAGCACCUUUAUGCAACAAAUCUCCAUAAUCGAUUAGAGAAAGAAUUGCUGCUGAUACAAGUGGUUUCCUGGCUCUAACUGAGAAGCAAGAUCUAUAUCGAUGGUAAAACCCGAGCUUCACCCUGAGUUUGUUGACCAGUUCUGCAAUAAUUAAAUAAUUUGUGCUUGUGUAGCACUUGACAUGUAAUCUACUGACCUCUAUUAGUGUUUUUAUGUUAUAUUCACCCAUUCACACUAUGGUCAUUUGUGAUUUCUUUUCCAUUUUCAAGUAACAGGGGGUGGCUCAACUUACCCCACUCUCUCCUAAAGGAAAAGGUGUGCAGGUAUCUUCUUACCUACAAACUGAGUCAGGAUUACUUGGAGUUAAAUUAAUACACCAAUAGACAAGACCUGUGUCUACAUUUUAAAGUUUAAGUGGAGUCUCCAGGUGAAAGUAUGCAGAGCUGGUAGGUGUUCUGAAAACUUCUAUGGCUCUUUUUUUUUUUUUAAUUUUUUUUGAAAGACAAAUAAGGUGCCAAAAAACGACAAUAAGAAGGCAAAAACAUGAAGUCUGUGAGGAGCUGAUGUGACUUGCUGCCACUCUCAGGGCGCUCGAGUCACAAGAAAAUGUUCCCUGACCGGGAAUCGAACCCGGGCCGCGGCGGUGAGAGCGCCGAAUCCUAACCACUAGACCACCAGGGACGCAAAAUUGAUACACCAUUGAUACACCAGUGGAGAGCCGGUUACUGAGUGUCCGCUUACUUAUACUCUUGUCAGCCAUUACCAUAACGUCAAUCCUGUUAUUGUCAUUUAUUUGAUAAAAGUGUAAAAAAUGACAACUCAAAUGGGCUUUCAACACUCACCAUUAUAAUUUGAAUUAAUGAUAUUUUAGAUUGGGCCAUUUUUCAACAUUUCUCCUCUAAAAAAUAUCCGAUAUAGGUUGAGACAUGAUGGCCAUGCAAAAUUAGGAUAUAUUUGAUCAUCUAAAUGACAAAUAUCUAAUUGUAAAAAAAAUCUACAAAAUAAAAUGAUCUCAAUGGAAAGAGAGACCAAAGUACUGCUAAUAUAUGUAACUUGUGACAUACAUCACCUAGUGAUGCAACCUGGACACAUCAUCAGUGAUGUUACCUGGGAUCAUCGAGUGUUUCGGGUCUUUCAAGCAUCAUACACUCUCCUCCAGGCGACCCAGCCGGGGGUGAUCAAUCCCCAGCUUGUGUCCAGUUAAUGCUACCCUACCCACGGGUCUCCUCUCCUGAUCCACAGCCACCGUGAGGCAACCUCUGCUGCCUCCGUGGCCUCCUUGAUGGCCCUUUGCUUUCUAGGUCCUGUGAUGCCCAGCAUGCUAUAGACUCUGCAGAGGGACUGGCCUGCGAACCCUCUGCAUCCCACCUCGAUGGGCUCACAUCUUGCCCGCCACCCAUUGAGCCUACAUUCCUCCACCAGACCCUGGUAUUUGGCCCUCUUCCUCUCGUUGGCCUCCUCGAUUCGGUCUUCCCAUGGUACUGUGAGCUCCAGCAGCACGACCUGCUUGGAGGAUGUUGAGAUCAGUACCACGUCUGGCCUCAGCGAUGUUGUGGCCACAUUCUUUGGGAAUACCAGUUGUUCCCCGAGGUCAACUUUCAGCUCCCAGUCUUGAGCCGUUGCUAGCAGGCCAGAGAAGGUGGUCCUAACAGCAGCUGGUGGUUUCUCCCCGGCUCUGAUGAAGGAGAUGGACUUCCUUGUUGGGCGCAGGUGCUUGCAGUGGGCAGUUCCAUUGCAGAUGGUGUUUGCUAUGGCCUUCAAAACCUGGUCGUGGCGCCAGCGGUAGCGCCCCUCACUCAGGCCUUUUGGACAGCAGCUCAGGAUGUGCUCCAGGGUCCCUCUCUUCUGACACAGUGCACAGGCAGGCGACUCAACCUUUCCCCAGCAGAAUAAAUUAGACGGGCUCGGCAGUACGUCGUAGACGGCCUGGAUGAGGAAUUUAAUGCGCUGGGGCUCAGCUUUCCAAAGCUCAGUCCAAGUGACUUUGCGCUCUGCCGCCUGCUCCCAACGCAUCCAGGCUCCCUGCUGCCGCAUUCCAACCAUCCUGCUGGUUCUCUCUUCCUCCACUGCUGCUCGCACCUCUCCCUGGAGCAGUGCCCUCCUGUCCUUCCCCUUAGCCUUGUCGUAGCGAGGUGUUGCACCGCUACCUAGGCCUGCUCUUCCCCGGGCCGCCGUCCCCACCAACACCCUGUGCCGCAGCCGUGACUCUGCAGCAUCCACGGCCUCUGCUGCCCUCCACUUCCGCCCCGUCCUGACUUCGAUCCCGGCUUGAGAGACUUUUGGGUCGCUUGACUCUCUGUACUGCAGCACCUCUCUAGUACGGCUCACCUUGAACUCUUCAUUCAGGCUGCUGAUCGGUAGCUUCAGCAUGUUGUUUUUCCCGUAUAGUGCGAUGCUGCUGAGGCUUCGAGGCAGUCCCAGCCACUUCCUUAGGAACUUGCUGACUCUCCUCUCGAAGCUCUCAAUUGUAGAGAUUGGGAUCUCAUACACCAGGAGGGGCCAGAGAAUCCUUGGGAGGAUGCCAUGUUGGUACACCCAGGCCUUGAAUUUGCCCGGUAAGCCAGAUUUGUCCACUGUGACUAGCCAUGCCUCCAGCUCUUGGUUGGUUGACUGGAUGGCUGCUGUGUCUUUUAGGCUACAGCUGAACAUUUUCCCCAGGCUCUUCACCGGCUUUUCAGUGAUGGAUGGUAUUUGGGUGCUGUCGAGUGUGAAGUGAAACUUGUUGGUGACCUUUCCUUUCUUCAGCACGAGAGCUCUGGAUUGUAACAUAUAUUGCAUAUUUCUAAUUAGAAAUAUUGUACUUUGUUAAGUUUAUGUCGGUAACAGGGUUGACAAGAUCAUGAAAACAGCCAUGAGAAAAACGGUUAUAAAAUAUAAAUUAACACAGCCUGAGAUGGCACAAUAUCAUUUCCUGCCAUUUUAAACAUUCUUUGAUUCUUGGGUACUUAAAAAUUAACAAUUAAAUAUAGUUUAAAUUAAGUUUUCUAAGCUGAAAAGGCACAGAUUUCAUGGAAUGACCCAUACGCUAUUCAACUGGUACAAUGAUUCUUUUUGUUAUUAUUGCAUAUAACUGCUAAGAAGCUGUCUGGUAAAAAGCCAUUUUAACAUGAGAAUGCCUUUAAGUGAUUCAGAACAUUCACAGCUGUAUUUUUGAAAAGAAAAAGACAAACAUUUCAACAAUCUGAACUGAAACUCUGAUCCUCUCAUCAGACUCCUUUACUUUCUCACUUGAGCCACUGGCUCAGCUUACCCCAGAACUACUUUUCUGACUAUUAGUCCUCAAAGCUAAAAUGGUGGACUUUUGUGCUCGUUUUUUUUUACCUCAUGUUGUAGCUCAUAGAUACCACUAUUGAUGUAUAAAACAAAUUUAAAAUGAUCUUUUUUGGUCUGAACACAAUUCUAAUCAAACUUAUGACAGACAAAAUUCCCUUUCAAGAGUAAAAAAUGUUUUUCUUUAGAAAUAAACGUCUAACCCCUUCACCCAUGUGCUUUGAACCUUCACAGACUCCAUGAAUUGAUGCCCAUCGCCUAAAUAUUUGGUCACAUGAUCAAUUUCUUUUUCCAUUUUCAAGUAACAGGGGGUGGCUUAACUUACCCUACUCUCUCCUAAAGGAAAAGGUGUGCAGGUAUCUUCUUACCUACAAACUGAGUCAGGAUUACUUGGAGUUGAUUAAUCCACCAAUAGACAAGACCUGUGUCUACAUUUUAAAGUUUGAGUGGAGUCUCUAGGUGAAAGUAUGCAAAGCCGGUAGGUGUUCUGAAAACUUCUAUGGCUCUUUUUUUUUUUUUUUUUGACUUUUUCCAUUGACUUUUAUGCAAAAUUUGAACACAAUUUUAUUGCAACUUAUGUUGCAAAAAGUUUAAAUACAAUAAAAAAAAAGUAAUAUCACACCAAUCCUGAUCAAACUGCAUGUUUUGAUAUGUUAUUCGUCCUACAACCCUUCAAGCUGUAGGACUAGCAGUGAACCAAAAUUUGUCCAGACGAAGAAGAAAAAAUCCACAACAUAACAAUAGUGCCAUGGCUUUGCGUUUAGUGCCAAUAACACAAUCACCCGACUGAAAGCUUAAACUUCAGUAAAACAACCUUCACUCUGUUAUUAUUGUAUCUUCUUUCCAUUAAGGUCCUUAUAAUAACCAGUGGAAAAAAGAUUGUUAUGACACCUCUUAUUUAACCCUGUAAGAUACUUAUAAACUGUCCACCUGAUUCUUAUAAAACCCCACAGGUGUCUUAUUAGCAAUAAUAGAUGUGUUCAUCAUGCUUAUUUUAACACUUAGAAUUUAUUAAUGUUGCAAACAACAUGGCAAAUGAAUAGUAAAUACUGAAAUAUAUUGAAAAACAUAACGAUUUAAUCAUCCAAACCAACGUAAAUGAGGGGGCACAUCAGGAUAGACCUAAAAUAGAUUGAAUAUGGGAUGCAUUUACAGCAUACAUAUGAGGGGUAUUGUUAGGAUUUGUUGGGUUUAUGCAGACUUGCAUAGUAAAAUAGACAAACUGAAGACACAUGAAAAAUUUAGAAACAAAGCACAAUCUUCAGACAUGAUAAACCGUUGUUACACCUCUUUAAGAAGUGAAAACUAAAUAUGAAUUGAGAAAAUUAUAAUGGACGCUGUAAGUGUCAGUGUAACAAUGUAGUGAGAGAGACAAAAAGUGAGUCAAAAACACCCCAAAUAUGUUAAGAACUACAAAUGAACUUUCUUCUGUCGAGUCUUGUUUUUUUUUUUGUGUUUUUUUUGUCACAAUACCAACCCUCCUCCUUUAUCCGGGCUUGGGACCGGCAAAAAUGACCCAAUUGAGACAUUUUGGCGGAGUUACUGGGUUUUUUUUAUUUUUUAUACACAAUUGUAUAAAAAUGAGGGAAACCGAAGCACUCGGAGAAAACCCCUUCACCAGCCUCAGUGAGGCUGUAACCCAGAGAGUAAACUGGACACUGAGGCGGGACCUCAGGCCUCAACCCUCUUCAAAUGUACAUAUUCACAAUAUGUGUUUUUUGUGGGAGUUUUUUGUGUGGUUUUUUUCGUGUUUUUUUUGUGGGAGUUUUUUGUAUGUUUUUUUUUUUUUUUCAAUGAAUGCAUGUCAUGCGUCUUUAAGAGGUCUGUGUGUCUCUUUUAAAGAGCCCCUGAAACCUUUUCCUCAAAGACCUCUUUGGUGGCCUCCUGACCGCCUCCAACUGCUCCUCCAGUCUCCUCACUUUAUCCAUUACAGUAUCAUUUGGUGGGGAUGUCUGAGUCUGAAUCUCAGUCUCCUUCACUUCACAAUCCUGCUGAAUGACGGUGAUGGACUCCAUCGAGGAGGCUUUCUCUCUCUGCCACUGGAGCUUGUGUCUCUCCAGAUCCUCAUAGGCCUGGUUCAGCGAGGUCUCCAAAGUAAAAGAUUUCUCCUUUUCUGCAAGGAGCUGUGACCUGUCCUCUUCCCACUGACUUGUCUUCCUGGACAGGUCCUCCUGAGCCUGAUGAAGAGCAGACUUCAGCUGACUGACUUCCUCGUGAUGCUUGCGAUUCUGGUUCUCAUCACUUUCCAGGACCUCAUCUAGGGAAGCUCUUAUCCGGCUUCUUUCCUCCUCUUUUUCUCUCAAAAGACCUGAGAAGUCCUCGUCCUGAGCCUUCAGCUUCUCCUGAGCCUGGAUGAGCUUGACCUUUAAGGAUUCUUGCUCCAGAAUAAGGUCAGCUCUCACUUUAUUCGCCUUGUUCUUUUGGUCUUUUAGCUGUUCUCGUAACUGGGCGAGGUCCUCUUUCAACUUGCAGCGGUCCAGUUUCUGCUGAAUGCGAGCUCUUUCGUGAUUCCACUGCUGUCUGUUCUUUCUCAGCUUCUCUUGAGCUUCGCUGAGGUCUGCUCUUAACUUGGAGGACUCCUCUGUCUGUGAGAGUAGAUGAGUCCUUUCCUCCUCCCAUUGUUUUCUUUCAUUUUUUAGGUCUUUUUUGGUCUGACUCAGGACUUCCUUUAGUUUGGAGGCGUCUUCUUUCUCUGAGAGGAGCUGUGUUCUCUCCUUCUCCCACUGCUGCUGGUCCUCUUGAGCCUUGGCUAGGGCGUCCUUUAACUUGCCAUUUUCCCCCUUGAGGAAGAGGACACAUGCUCUCUCUUCCUCCAACUGUUUGUUUUUCUUCUUCAGGUCUUUCUGGGCCUGGUUGAGAGAAGCUCUCACCUUCCUGGACCCAUCUUUUCCUGAGAGUCCAUCCACCUGCUGGCUCUGCUUCUUCAGAUCUUCCUCAGCCUUCUCGAGAGCAGCCUUCAAUCUGCAGAUUUCCUCUUUGUCAGUCAGAAGACAGGAUCUCUCCUCCUCCCACUGGCAGGUCUUGGUCUGCAGAUCUUCUUGAGUCUGUUUCAGCUCAGCCUUGACGGUGGACAGCUCUUCUUUCAUCUCAUCCAGGAGAGAAGUCUUGUCCUCCUCCCUCUCAGGGUUCUCGGUGGCAGUUUCUUCUUGGACCUGGUUUGGCUCUGUGGUGUGACAGUUGUCUUCUGUCACCUUGGCCUGCUGCUCAGCCCACAGAAGCCUCUGGUUCUCCUGUGUCACUAGUGCAUGGUGAAGUGCAGCACGAAGAUGCAUGACGUCCCCCAGGAGCUGGGCUCUGUCUUGCCCCCAUUGGUUCCUCACCUCAGUGACGGCCAUGUCCAUAUAAGCCUGCAGUCUGGAGGUCAGCUCUGUUUGCUGGGCCAGGCACUCCUCUGUCUCUGUCCGCUUCCUCUUUUCAGCUUCACAGUCCUCCUUAAGUUUUUCCAUUUCAAGGACUGCCUCUCCUGCUUUCUCUAGCUUAGCUGACACUUCAGUGAGCAGGCGUGUCUUUUCAGAGGUGGCUUUCUCUUCCUGUUGUCUGAGCUGCUCUUUUAACAGGUUCACCUCCUGAGAUAAGGCAGCCAUUUCACCCUUGAUUCGGACUGCUUCCUUCUCCUCUCCUGCAAGUCUCUGAGAUUCAGACUCAAGGAUCUGAAUGACAGGCCUGCAAGAAAUUGGGACCAUGUCUCCUUUUUGUCCCUGCUGACUUGGAGGAGAGUAUUUGUCAUGGACUGACUCGCGAUCCUCCCCAUCCGACUCCCAAUCUGAGGCGUCCAUUGUAGGCUCCAAUUGGAGUUGUCUAUAUCUCUCCUGAGCCUCUUGCCGGCGGGCUUCGACUUCUGCAUCUUUUUUGACUUUGACAGCUUGGCGCAUCAGAUUUUGUUCAUUGAUGUUAAAGUUGCCAAAAUCAUCAUCAUCAUCCAGAUCAUACAGAUCUGCAGGCACCGCGUUUGCAUAUUUGUUGGUCCCCUGAUCCAGAGGGAUGGGGGUGGCCUUUGUUCUUCCUCUUGUUUCUUCUUUUUCUAGCGUUCAUCUUCUCACCGGAACUGUAGAUGGUCUUGCUCAUGUUCAUGUUCAUCUCACUGGAACUGUGGACGUUCAUGUUCAUGUUCAUCUUCUGACUGGAACUGCAGGUGGUCAUGUUCCUGUUCGUGUACCUGUUCGUAGAUGUUCACUAAAACUGAGGUUCUCUGUGUUUGUCGCUGUCUGGCACUGAUGGCUGGACUGUCUUAAAGACGGAUUUUGUGAGGCUAAGCAUCAACAAGCUUUAAGAUGAAACGAUCAUUGAGUCUGUGAAAAAAGAUGAAAGGAUCGAUGACAUCAUCAAUGACAUCACUAAAUCACAAAACGUGAUGUCAUCAGGGUAAAUUUCCAUGUUUGGAAAAAAAACAUUCUCAGACGGCAUGACAACAUAGUUGUUUAUUUUCAAAUUUGAAAAAAAAAAAAAAAUUCCAAAGACGUGUUGCCAUAGUUGUUUAUUUUUAAAUUUGGACAAAAAAUUAAUAAACGCACAUUUUCAAGACAAUGUGUGCAUUCGUAUAAUUAAAUAUUUUAAUUGGUUUAAUUGAUUUUCUCCUUUUGAUUAUUAAUUUUUCAAAAUUGCAGCUAUUAAAUACUUUAUUUGCAAAUACAAAGCAGAAAAUAAAAUAUAUUUAAAAAGGUUUCUAACCAAUAAAUCGAGUUUAAUUCGAAUUCACUUUUUUGUGAUCGCAAGGCUUCAAUGAAGUACAGAAGCUCUUCACAUGAAUAACACUUUAGAAGCACAAGCACUGUUCAGUGGUCUCACACUGUCUGUCCAUCAACAUGGAGUUAAAGGCCCCAAGUGAAAUGAGCUGUAGGAGUUUGAGCUCAGUUUGUGAGGAGUUCCAUGUGCUGUGGAGGCAGCAAAACUGAACGCUCUCUUCCCCAGUUCAGUUCUGACACGGAGGACAGAGAGGUGGAGAACGUCACAGGAAUGUAGGACAUAGCGGCAUUUAGUUCUCUGAAGAAAAGUACAUAAAUAAGAUGGAUCUAAGUUGAGAAGAGCCUUGUAAAUCAUGGUCAGCCAGUGCGUACUCCUGUGUGCCCUUAAAGAAGGCCAGCCAGUGUUAACAUACAAAUAACAUGAUGCGUGAGAUGAAUAUCACCAGUGAUAAACCUUAGAGUGCUGUGAUAAACAGUAUUUAAGAACUGGAGACAUUUCAGCAAAGCACCCAUAUGCAGCACAUCUCCAUAAUCGAUUGAGAAAGAAUUGUUGCUGAUACAAGUGGUUUCCUGGCUCUAAGUGAGAAGCAAGAUCUAUUUUGAUGGUAAAACCCGAGCUUCACCCUGAGUUUGUUGACCAGUUCUGCAAUAAUUAAAUAAUUUGUGCUUGUGUAGCACUUGACAUGUAAUCUACUGACCUCUAUUAGUGUUUUUAUGUUAUAUUCACCCAUUCACACUAUGGUCAUUUGUGAUUUCUUUUUCCAUUUUCAAGUAACAGGGGGUGGCUCAACUUACCCCACUCUCUCCUAAAGGAAAAGGUGUGCAGGUAUCUUCUUACCUACAAACUGAGUCAAGAUUACUUGGAGUUAAAUUAAUACACCAAUAGACAAGACCUGUGUCUACAUUUUAAAGUUUAAGUGGAGUCUCUAGGUGAAAGUAUGCAGAGCUGGUAGGUGUUCUGAAAACUUCUAUGGCUCUUUUUUUUUUUUUAAUUUUUUUUGAAAGACAAAUAAGGUGCCAAAAAACGACAAUAAGAAGGCAAAAACAUGAAGUCUGUGAGGAGCUGAUGUGACUUGCUGCCACUCUCAGGGCGCUCGAGUCACAAGAAAAUGUUCCCUGACCGGGAAUCGAACCCGGGCCGCGGCGGUGAGAGCGCCGAAUCCUAACCACUAGACCACCAGGGACGCAAAAUUGAUACACCAUUGAUACACCAGUGGAGAGCCGGUUACUGAGUGUCCGCUUACUUAUACUCUUGUCAGCCAUUACCAUAACGUCAAUCCUGUUAUUGUCAUUUAUUUGAUAAAAGUGUAAAAAAUGACAACUCAAAUGGGCUUUCAACACUCACCAUUAUAAUUUAAAUUAAUGAUAUUUUAGAUUGGGCCAUUUUUCAACAUUUCUCCUCUAAAAAAUAUCCGAUAUAGGUUGAGACAUGAUGGCCAUGCAAAAUUAGGAUAUAUUUGAUCAUCUAAAUGACAAAUAUCUAAUUGGAAAAAAAAUCUACAAAAUAAAAUGAUCUCAAUGGAAAGAGAGACCAAAGUACUGCUAAUAUAUGUAACAUAUAUUGCAUAUUUCUAAUUAGAAAUAUUGUACUUUGUUAAGUUUAUGUCGGUAACAGGGUUGACAAGAUCAUGAAAACAGCCAUGAGAAAAACGGUUAUAAAAAAAUAAAUUAACACAGCCUGAGAUGGCACAAUAUCAUUUCCUGCCAUUUUAAACAUUCUUUGAUUCUUGGGUACUUAAAAAUUAACAAUUAAAUAUAGUUUAAAUUAAGUUUUCUAAGCUGAAAAGGCACAGAUUUCAUGGAAUGACCCAUACGCUAUUCAACUGGUACAAUGAUUCUUUUUGUUAUUAUUGCAUAUAACUGCUAAGAAGCUGUCUGGUAAAAAGCCAUUUUAACAUGAGAAUGCCUUUAAGUGAUUCAGAACAUUCACAGCUGUAUUUUUGAAAAGAAAAAGACAAACAUUUCAACAAUCUGAACUGAAACUCUGAUCCUCUCAUCAGACUCCUUUACUUUCUCACUUGAGCCACUGGCUCAGCUUACCCCAGAACUACUUUUCUGACUAUUAGUCCUCAAAGCUAAAAUGGUGGACUUUUGUGCUCGUUUUUUUUUACCUCAUGUUGUAGCUCAUAGAUACCACUAUUGAUGUAUAAAACAAAUUUAAAAUGAUCUUUUUUGGUCUGAACACAAUUCUAAUCAAACUUAUGACAGACAAAAUUCCCUUUCAAGAGUAAAAAAUGUUUUUCUUUAGAAAUAAACGUCUAACCCCUUCACCCAUGUGCUUUGAACCUUCACAGACUCCAUGAAUUGAUGCCCAUCUCCUAAAUAUUUGGUCACAUGAUCAAUUUCUUUUUCCAUUUUCAAGUAACAGGGGGUGGCUUAACUUACCCCACUCUCUCCUAAAGGAAAAGGUGUGCAGGUAUCUUCUUACCUACAAACUGAGUCAGGAUUACUUGGAGUUGAUUAAUACACCAAUAGACAAGACCUGUGUCUACAUUUUAAAGUUUGAGUGGAGUCUCUAGGUGAAAGUAUGCAAAGCCGGUAGGUGUUCUGAAAACUUCUAUGGCUCUUUUUUUUUUUUUUGACUUUUUCCAUUGACUUUUAUGCAAAAUUUGAACACAAUUUUAUUGCAACUUAUGUUGCAAAAAGUUUAAAUACAAUAAAAAAAAAGUAAUAUCACACCAAUCCUGAUCAAACUGCAUGUUUUGAUAUGUUAUUCGUCCUACAACCCUUCAAGCUGUAGGACUAGCAGUGAACCAAAAUUUGUCCAGACGAAGAAGAAGAAAAAAUCCACAACAUAACAAUAGUGCCAUGGCUUUGCGUUUAGUGCCAAUAACACAAUCACCCGACUGAAAGCUUAAACUUCAGUAAAACAACCUUCACUCUGUUAUUAUUGUAUCUUCUUUCCAUUAAGGUCCUCAUAAUAACCAGUGGAAAAAAGAUUGUUAUGACACCUCUUAUUUAACCCUGUAAGAUACUUAUAAACUGUCCACCUGAUUCUUAUAAAACCCCACAGGUGUCUUAUUAGCAAUAAUAGAUGUGUUCAUCAUGCUUAUUUUAACACUUAGAAUUUAUUAAUGUUGCAAACAACAUGGCAAAUGAAUAGUAAAUACUGAAAUAUGUUGAAAAACAUAACGAUUUAAUCAUCCAAACCAACGUAAAAGAGGGGGCACAUCAGGAUAGACCUAAAAUAGAUUGAAUAUGGGAUGCAUUCACAGCAUACAUAUGAGGGGUAUUGUUAGGAUUUGUUGGGUUUAUGCAGACUUGCAUAAUAAAAUAGACAAACUGAGGACACAUGAAAAAUUUAGAAACAAAGCACAAUCUUCAGACAUGAUAAACCGUUGUUACACCUCUUUAAGAAGUGAAAACUAAAUAUGAAUUGAGAAAAUUAUAAUGGACGCUGUAAGUGUCAGUGUAACAAUAUAGUGAGAGAGACAAAAAGUGAGUCAAAAACACCCCAAAUAUGUUAAGAACUACAAAUGAACUUUCUUCUGUCGAGUCUUGUUUUUUUUUUUUUUUUUUUUGUCACAAUACCAACCCUCCUCCUUUAUCCGGGCUUGGGACCGGCAAAAAUGACCCAAUUGAGACAUUUUGGCGGAGUUACUGGGUUUUUUUUAUUUUUUAUACACAAUUGUAUAAAAAUGAGGGAAACCGAAGCACUCGGAGAAAACCCCUUCACCAGCCUCAGUGAGGCUGUAACCCAGAGAGUAAACUGGACACUGAGGCGGGACCUCAGGCCUCAACCCUCUUCAAAUGUACAUAUUCACAAUAUGUGUUUUUUGUGGGAGUUUUUUGUGUGGUUUUUUUUCGUGUGUUUUUUUGUGGGAGUUUUUUGUGUGUUUUUUUGUGUUUUUUUUUUCAAUGAAUGCAUGUCAUGCGUCUUUAAGAGGUCUGUGUGUCUCUUUUAAAGAGCCCCUGAAACCUUUUCCUCAAAGACCUCUUUGGUGGCCUCCUGACCGCCUCCAACUGCUCCUCCAGUCUCCUCACUUUAUCCAUUACAGUAUCAUUUGGUGGGGAUGUCUGAGUCUGAAUCUCAGUCUCCUUCACUUCACAAUCCUGCUGAAUGACGGUGAUGGACUCCAUCGAGGAGGCUUUCUCUCUCUGCCACUGGAGCUUGUGUCUCUCCAGAUCCUCAUAGGCCUGGUUCAGCGAGGUCUCCAAAGUAAAAGAUUUCUCCUUUUCUGCAAGGAGCUGUGACCUGUCCUCUUCCCACUGACUUGUCUUCCUGGACAGGUCCUCCUGAGCCUGAUGAAGAGCAGACUUCAGCUGACUGACUUCCUCGUGAUGCUUGCGAUUCUGGUUCUCAUCACUUUCCAGGACCUCAUCUAGGGAAGCUCUUAUCCGGCUUCUUUCCUCCUCUUUUUCUCUCAAAAGACCUGAGAAGUCCUCGUCCUGAGCCUUCAGCUUCUCCUGAGCCUGGAUGAGCUUGACCUUUAAGGAUUCUUGCUCCAGAAUAAGGUCAGCUCUCACUUUAUUCGCCUUGUUCUUUUGGUCUUUUAGCUGUUCUCGUAACUGGGCGAGGUCCUCUUUCAACUUGCAGCGGUCCAGUUUCUGCUGAAUGCGAGCUCUUUCGUGAUUCCACUGCUGUCUGUUCUUUCUCAGCUUCUCUUGAGCUUCGCUGAGGUCUGCUCUUAACUUGGAGGACUCCUCUGUCUGUGAGAGUAGAUGAGUCCUUUCCUCCUCCCAUUGUUUUCUUUCAUUUUUUAGGUCUUUUUUGGUCUGACUCAGGACUUCCUUUAGUUUGGAGGCGUCUUCUUUCUCUGAGAGGAGCUGUGUUCUCUCCUUCUCCCACUGCUGCUGGUCCUCUCGAGCCUUGGCUAGGGCGUCCUUUAACUUGCCAUUUUCCCCCUUGAGGAAGAGGACACAUGCUCUCUCUUCCUCCAACUGUUUGUUUUUCUUCUUCAGGUCUUUCUGGGCCUGGUUGAGAGAAGCUCUCACCUUCCUGGACCCAUCUUUUCCUGAGAGUCCAUCCACCUGCUGGCUCUGCUUCUUCAGAUCUUCCUCAGCCUUCUCGAGAGCAGCCUUCAAUCUGCAGAUUUCCUCUUUGUCAGUCAGAAGACAGGAUCUCUCCUCCUCCCACUGGCAGGUCUUGGUCUGCAGAUCUUCUUGAGUCUGUUUCAGCUCAGCCUUGACGGUGGACAGCUCUUCUUUCAUCUCAUCCAGGAGAGAAGUCUUGUCCUCCUCCCUCUCAGGGUUCUCGGUGGCAGUUUCUUCUUGGACCUGGUUUGGCUCUGUGGUGUGACAGUUGUCUUCUGUCACCUUGGCCUGCUGCUCAGCCCACAGAAGCCUCUGGUUCUCCUGUGUCACUAGUGCAUGGUGAAGUGCAGCACGAAGAUGCAUGACGUCCCCCAGGAGCUGGGCUCUGUCUUGCCCCCAUUGGUUCCUCACCUCAGUGACGGCCAUGUCCAUAUAAGCCUGCAGUCUGGAGGUCAGCUCUGUUUGCUGGGCCAGGCACUCCUCUGUCUCUGUCCGCUUCCUCUUUUCAGCUUCACAGUCCUCCUUAAGUUUUUCCAUUUCAAGGACUGCCUCUCCUGCUUUCUCUAGCUUAGCUGACACUUCAGUGAGCAGGCGUGUCUUUUCAGAGGUGGCUUUCUCUUCCUGUUGUCUGAGCUGCUCUUUUAACAGGUUCACCUCCUGAGAUAAGGCAGCCAUUUCACCCUUGAUUCGGACUGCUUCCUUCUCCUCUCCUGCAAGUCUCUGAGAUUCAGACUCAAGGAUCUGAAUGACAGGCCUGCAAGAAAUUGGGACCAUGUCUCCUUUUUGUCCCUGCUGACUUGGAGGAGAGUAUUUGUCAUGGACUGACUCGCGAUCCUCCCCAUCCGACUCCCAAUCUGAGGCGUCCAUUGUAGGCUCCAAUUGGAGUUGUCUAUAUCUCUCCUGAGCCUCUUGCCGGCGGGCUUCGACUUCUGCAUCUUUUUUGACUUUGACAGCUUGGCGCAUCAGAUUUUGUUCAUUGAUGUUAAAGUUGCCAAAAUCAUCAUCAUCAUCCAGAUCAUACAGAUCUGCAGGCACCGCGUUUGCAUAUUUGUUGGUCCCCUGAUCCAGAGGGAUGGGGGUGGCCUUGUUCUUCCUCUUGUUUCUUCUUUUUCUAGCGUUCAUCUUCUCACCGGAACUGUAGAUGGUCUUGCUCAUGUUCAUGUUCAUCUCACUGGAACUGUGGAUGUUCAUGUUCAUGUUCAUGUUCAUCUUCUGACUGGAACUGCAGGUGGUCAUGUUCCUGUUCGUGUACCUGUUCGUAGAUGUUCACUAAAACUGAGGUUCUCUGUGUUUGUCGCUGUCUGGCACUGAUGGCUGGACUGUCUUAAAGACGGAUUUUGUGAGGCUAAGCAUCAACAAGCUUUAAGAUGAAACGAUCAUUGAGUCUGUGAAAAAAGAUGAAAGGAUCGAUGACAUCAUCAAUGACAUCACUAAAUCACAAAACGUGAUGUCAUCAGGGUAAAUUUCCAUGUUUGGAAAAAAACAUUCUCAGACGGCAUGACAACAUAGUUGUUUAUUUUCAAAUUUGAAAAAAAAAAAAAAAUUCCAAAGACAUGUUGCCAUAGUUGUUUAUUUUUAAAUUUGGACAAAAAAUUAAUAAACGCACAUUUUCAAGACAAUGUGUGCAUUCGUAUAAUUAAAUAUUUUAAUUGGUUUAAUUGAUUUUCUCCUUUUGAUUAUUAAUUUUUCAAAAUUGCAGCUAUUAAAUACUUUAUUUGCAAAUACAAAGCAGAAAAUAAAAUAUAUUUAAAAAGGUUUCUAACCAAUAAAUCGAGUUUUAUUCGAAUUCACUUUUUUGUGAGUGCAAGGUUUCAAUGAAGUGCAGAAGCUCUUCACAUAAAUAACACUUUAGAAGCACAAGCACUGUUCAGUGGUCUCACACUGUCUGUCCAUCAACAUGGAGUUAAAGGCCCCAAGUGAAAUGAGCUGUAGGAGUUUGAGCUCAGUUUGUGAGGAGUUCCAUGUGCUGUGGAGGCAGCAAAACUGAACGCUCUCUUCCCCAGUUCAGUUCUGACACGGAGGACAGAGAGGUGGAGAACGUCACAGGAAUGUAGGACAUAGCGGCAUUUAGUUCUCUGAAGAAAAGUACAUAAAUAAGAUGGAUCUAAGUUGAGAAGAGCCUUGUAAAUCAUGGUCAGCCAGUGCGUACUCCUGUGUGCCCUUAAAGAAGGCCAGACAGUGUUAACAUACAAAUAACAUGAUGCGUGAGAUGAAUAUCACCAGUGAUAAACCUUAGAGUGCUGUGAUAAACAGUAUUUAAGAACUGGAGACAUUUCAGCAAAGCACCCAUAUGCAGCACAUCUCCAUAAUCGAUUGAGAAAGAAUUGCUGCUGAUACAAGUGGUUUCCUGGCUCUAACUGAGAAGCAAGAUCUAUAUCGAUGGUAAAACCCGAGCUUCACCCUGAGUUUGUUGACCAGUUCUGCAAUAAUUAAAUAAUUUGUGCUUGUGUAGCACUUGACAUGUAAUCUACUGACCUCUAUUAGUGUUUUUAUGUUAUAUUCACCCAUUCACACUAUGGUCAUUUGUGAUUUUGUAUAUUUUAGCUGUGAGCUGAAUGAACACAGUCAAUUUAACUUCUCCUAAUUUCUCUCUGAAAACUUUCCAAAGUUUAAAAUCUCUUAGCGCAGAGUCACUGUCAUUUUGUAGAGCCUCACCCCCCUGUGUGCUUCUGUGAUCACCCUGUGUGUGUGCAGUGUUUAAGUGUGGUUAAGAUAGGAUGAAAGCAACGAAACUCUCUGUGUGUGUGUGUGUGUGUGUGUGUGUGUGUGUGUGUGUGUGUGUGUGUGUGUGUGUGUGUGUGUGUGUGUGUGUGUGUGUGUGUGUGCAGCAGUAAUGAACAUGCCUCCACUGGUCUCUGAAGGCAGCCAUUACUAACACACACAGACAAUAAUGCAGGAGGAGGAGGAAUAAGUAGAGUAUUUGCAGCGGCUUUGGGAUCUUAAAUUUUGAAGACUCGUUUGUGAUAUUUUCAGUAGCUUUACAUGUGGCCAGUUUCUUGCAAGAAUAAGUAAUGAGUUGCAUGUGUCAUUGUGCGACGAUGGUGGACAGUAACUGAGGAGACAAUAAGACAAACGGGGAAGACUCUCAAAGGUUUAGACAAUGUUUGUGCAGAGGAUUAAUCUAAUGACUGCCAAAGAGUGUAAAGAAUCUAUAGAGAGUGUGGAGAUGAAGAGCGCUUCAUGAAAUCAUGCUGUAACGUGUGCGUGUGUGUGGAGGGCUGCUGAUUGGUUGGCAGUCUCCAUCUGGCCGCUUUUGUCUGUAGGCAUGCUGCCCUGCACAACAAUUAUGCUCCCAUGCAUGAAGAGUGUAUGUGUGUGUGUGUGUGUGUGUGUGUGUGUGUGUGUGUGUGUGUAAGAAGAACAAGGGGGGAGGGUGUAAGGAGUGGGGGAAUCCAGAUGUUGGGUUCAUUCUCAUCCCACCCCAUCCCAUUUAUUUUAAUCCAUCUCCCUCCCCCAUAGCAUUGUACAGCAAGCCAUCUGCACGCACACACUUACAAAUUCACGCACACACGUGCACACACAGCCUCAGGCUCAGCCAGGUGGCUGGGUGGCCUCAAAUGUGUCCUGGUGCACCUCUGGCUCUGUGUUGAUUGGAGUGAAAGCGGCUCGUAUGAAAUUAAGCAGAGCUGCGCGCCGCUGUUAAAGUGGGUCACUGCAAGUGUGUGUGAGUGUCUGAAAAGAUUUCAGGGCUGUAUCUUUUUGUUGAUCAGCUGUGGAGUCUUAUGAAAAUUUGAUGUAAAAUGUCUGUUACAUGUGGAGAGUGGUUUCUGCGGUUUUAGAGAGUUUUUUUCAUCAGAGAGAAUUACGAUCCUGAAAAUCCAAAAGGCUGUUUGAGAGGAUUUUUUUCUGUUAAGAUUUUGUGGCAAAAUCUGACUCAAAAACAGAAGCAAUAUGGCAGUACACAGAUACAGUUGUCAGGUCAGCGAUGAAGCCAAAAUGUCUCCAACUGACCCACAAAAGUCUCACCAACUGUACAGAUCAUACUUUAAUGACAGUGUUAGCACUGAAUACUAUUGAGUCAUGGCAUAGAAUCAACUUCCAUCACAUUGUAUUGUAUCUUAUCCUCAUAAUUCAUUUGUGAAACCAGGAUUUUGUAAAAAUUUGGACCUGCAUGCUAUAAAAUAAUAAUUAUUGCCUGAUAGACAUAAAUAUUAGGGGUGGGAGAAAAAAUCGAUUCAGAUAAGUAUUACGAUUUUUUGUUUUACAAUUUUUAAAUCGAUUUUUAUGUUCAAUUUUUUUUUUUUUUUUUAAAUUUAAGAAUAAAUCUUAAAAACUGACUUACAUGUGAUGUAUAUUUUUUCGGGAAAUAUAGUUCCUGAAAUAGUCAGUAGUCAAUCAUAACCAUUGAACUGUUUCACUGGUGUUUAAAAUGCAGACCAAAAAUCGAAAAAAAUCAACAAUAUCGUAGAAUCACGAUUUAAAUUGAAUCAGCAUCCAUAAUAUUGUAGAAGAAUCGGAAGAAAAGCAUAUCGUCCCAGCCCUAAUAAAUAUGUUGUAUAAUCCUGAUGCCUUGUUAGCUAUCACUGAACCAGGACUCGCUAUGUGCUCUACCUAUCCAAUCGUAUCAAAUCACAUAUUGUAUUGAAUUGUAUAUCACAGUAUUGUAGGGAAUUAUGUCAUUAUGGUAUCAUCAAAUCAAAUCAAAUCACAUUGUAUUCGAUAUCAUAUCCUGUAUUGUAUUCUUUAUUGUAUCCUUUCUUACUGUAUCCUAUCUUAUUCUAUCCUAUAUCAUAUCGUAUUGUAUCUUAUCAUAUAAUAUCUUUGUAACAUAAAUCGUCUAGUCUGGUUUGGUAUCGUAAGGCCUAGCCAACGAAACGAAGACUUUAGGCUAAUUUGGACUUGUAUAGUAUUUAAAAAUAAGUGCCGCUGUGUGAUUAAAAAUACAUUGCUUGUCAGUUGUGCUGAUUAGGCGUGGAUCAAUUAUUGUCCAACUAUUAUGACAAAAAUUCACCAUUUUGCUGAUUAUUAGUAUUGGCAUUAUAUGUAACGUGUUUAAGAGCGAUAAAAUUUUUUAAUCUAAAAUAGCUCAACUUUGGCUUCAAUUCUGGUGUGUCUUUCUCUCUACAUCUGUUCUUGCUCCGCCCACAACAUUAUCUAAUUGGCUAGAUGUUAGAUAACUUUGUGACUGAAUUGUUUCGUUAAUUGUAACUGGUUAACACUGAACUCCUGUAAAUUUAAUAGAUACACAUAAAGUUUUUAGUAUUCCAAUUUCAAAUAUUGACAGAAAGGUUGUUUUUACUGUAAAUGCACUUCAGUUCCAAAUAUCAUGUACUAAUAACCUGUAUCGGAAAUCUUUCUUCUCUAACGUUGACACCUGUCUGUCUUACAGCCAAACAUGAUGUGAAUGGAAACCGCACUGUUCCACCUUUUCCAGAUGGGACAGAGAUGGUCAUGUUUGGUAAGUGAUUGUCGUCAUUUAAUGACAAAAACAAUAUAACACUUCGUAAGCAGCUUGGCUACUCCUUAUGAUGAAGGUUAUUUUUUAUCUGCCAGAGACCCUCUCAUGGCCAACACCAUAAUAGUAGUUGGAGUGACACAAACUACUGUCAUAUUUUCUUGUUGUGAAGUGUUUAUCUGUCAUUUUUCGUUUGCACAGUUUCCACUGUUAUCAAUUUCCUGACCAGGAUUUAAGCCCCCAACUAAUUCUGUUCAUUAACAAUGAGAGGGUCUACAAACUGUACUCCAGACUGUGACUCUGUCCAUGGUGCUGAAAUAUCUCAUUAGAGCUGCCACACAGUGUAUGAACCUUUUUACUCUUUAAGGUCGCUUUCACACCUGACCAAGUGAACUCGGUUCGAUUGGGGAGCUGAAAGUUGGUUCGGCUUUCACACUGUGAUUUCUAAAGUGCACUGAACUUUCCGAGCAGCAUCACGUGGUUGAAAGGAGCACUCAUCCAUUGGUCAAAGUAGGAGGGGUAUGUCGCCUUACGGAUUACAAACAGGAGUGGACUAGCCGUCUUGUAUUGUGCUUCUUCACAUUAUUUUAUGGAAUGCUACAACGUUAGUGAACGCAACUGUUCCUAUAAUGCUAUCGUAGCUUGUCAGGGAUUGACCCUGUUAUUUUUCUAACUUUUGACGAUCUAACAUAUGACAGCAUAUGAGCUCAGAGUUUAAGGACUAUGACUGUUGGUAGUUGUGAUUUGAUUUUGUUUAAAUAUGCCAAAUUGUGAAUUUAUGGGUUAUUGUUGUUCAGACAAUUGAGCUAAGCUAGCUAGCAACUGCUAUAGUCACGCCGUGCUUCCUCUACUCAAAAUGCACUGCGUAUAGCGUCAUUACGUACAUUUGGUCCUGUGUUUGGUCCGAUGAGCUUUCGCACUGCAUACUAACCGAACCAGGGUUCACUUGCAAGGGAACCGAGACCCACGUUUUCAGGCGGACCAGAGUUCGCUUGUUUGGUCUGCACCAGAGUUCGGAUGAGCUUUCACACCUGCCCAAACGAAGCGGGCUAUCCGAGGAAACGAACUCUGGUCCGUUUAAGUGGACCAAACAGCUCUAGUGUGAAAGCGACCUUAAACUUUCAUCAGAAGUAAUCAGAGAAGAAGAAAUCUGGAUCUGAAACACACUGUUGAGUUAUAACUGGAUCAUACUAGCUGCGAUGUUGUUAAUUAAACAGAUUUUAACCGAUAGAUUAUAAGCUGUUGAUUGAUGAAUGAUGAGCUACUUGUUGCUCCUCUUAAAGGUAUGGGCUGUUUCUGGGGAGCAGAGAGAAAGUUUUGGAGACAGAAGGACGUUUAUUCCACUCAAGUGGGCUACGCAGGUGGAUACACGAUCAACCCCACCUACAGGGAGGUCUGCACAGGUAACUUCAGCAUACCCACACACACAUACACACACAAGCAGCAGGCUGUCUUUUGAGAGUUAAUAGAUUGUGGAAAACAGGACUCGCAUAAACAGAAGAGUGAAUAAUUUCCCUCAGGUCCUAUUAUACCGGGGCAUGGAUAAGGGUGCUAUUGAUGCCUGACCACUCUGAGCAGACUGUGUGAGUUUGUUUGUGUAUUUCUGUCUGAUGUGAGUCCAGACCUCCUGUGGAGUCCCUUAUUCAGCCACUACAGACUGAAUCCAUCUUUAGACCUGCAUCACCACCUGUCUCUGUUACUCCCUCACUUAGUUAUACUCUUCUAAACACUUUGCAUGAACAUAAAUAUGUCAAGAAGCUUUGACAUAUUUGCUGCUUCAUUGAUGUUUUAUCUUCUGAUUAUGCAUUUGUAACCACGCAACACAUUCCUAAUAAGAUGUGAAGGUAGGAGUUAACUGUGGGAGUUUAACAGUCAGCAAUUAUGAAACUAAGAAACUGUUAUCUGAAAAAAUACCACAAAUUGAAUUUGAAUAAAGAUGGUGUAGAUUGGAUUUAAGGUGUCGUAGCAAGCUUGUUAAAUUCUGAUUUUAAUGCCCAGUUAUUGGACCUCCUUGUGAAACCAAAUAUAAAAAUGUGGCCACUAAAGUACUUAACCCACUCGAGAGCUUUUGUUUCCUCAGCAGAACCACAAUAUUGUGAAACAUGAGCGUUAUGGUGAAGUAUAAAGCUUCUAUUUGGACUCUUUAUCUGGUUGUGAAACAGACUGAAAUUGGUGUUUAUUACUCUUCAUAACCUAAAAGAAUAAACAAGACCACCAACAAGAGGUGGAACAACUUCUGUUUAAUUAUUUCUGAUCAAACCACUGACAGGUGAUUGGUGUCAGACGAAGGGAUUGACUACAGACUGUUAAAAAAGCUCCAAGACUAUUAUUCUCAGAGUGAUUUACUGAAUGGUUACAGGGUUCCUAUGCAAGUAUGGCGAUUUUGAACUAAAUUUGAUCAAUUCACAGUUCUUAAAAAGUAUGGAAAAUGAAAAAUAAAGUAUGGAAAAGUACUGAUGUUUCCAGAGUAUUACCACAGUUUUGAAAUUCUGUUUUCUAUAAUAGAAAAGUUGAUAUUUCCAAAAACAAUUCUGAAAAGUAGGGUAUGAAAAAGUAUGUAAAAUACAACUGUGUAGGAACCCGGGGGUUAAAAGACAGCAGGAUUAUAAACACCACUGAUUAUAACCACCCUGGUCUAUCUUGUAGUCCUUCCUCUUAAUAAGGUCAUGACCAAAGCAGACCUGACCUUCUGAGACUUUAACUCCACUAGUCCUCUGAAACUGUGCUGUGGUAUCUGGCACAAAGAUGUUGGAAGCAGAUCCUUUCGAAGUCCCAAAAAAUGCAUUUUUAGCCACCCUGAGCAUUUUGAAUUCAGUUGCCAAAACUGCCAAAAUGGGGGAUCGCCAGACUCUCAUUUUUUGCCUCCUCAUCCAUGCGAUGAUCUCGACAGGUGGAGAUGCUGUAAUAUUGAGACACUGUGCUGACUGCCUGUCUUGAGGUUGUCUGUGGGGAUUGAGUGCAGACUUAUAAAGACAAACGCAGAGGUAGGAAAAAAAAUAUGCGGAGCACACCAGGGGCCUGUUCUACGAAGCAGGAUUACUGCCUAGCAAGGUAGCUCCAAGGCUACCUCACUAGGUCGAACUCGCUUCGUAGAAUAGGCCCCAGAAGAAUACCAAACACAAUCUAGAAUCUGACCCUUAUCAUGUGAAACUACAGCUACUUCAGAGGUUUCAGAGGGAUGAUAUAAACCCCAAAACUGAGUAGAAUACCCCCUCUGAAAGCCUCAGAAGUUGUGAGACAGGGUUAGGGUUAGACAGAUGACACAGAUGCACUAUUGUAAGGAGAUCUGGGGGGUAGAGGUCCAGGGCUGCACUGUUGGGUUCCCCCAUGUUGUUCUUUGGUUCUGGUGCUUACGUGACAAUUGGUGGACCAGGGUCAGCAUGCACACACUCAGCAUGAUGCAUGAUAAACCCAUUAUUUUCCAUCAUAUUUCUACACUCAUGCAGAAGUUAAUAGGUGUUUUCUCAUGCAGGAGAAAGUUUGGUGUUUUCAAACUAACUUUUCUGCUUUCAGAGUUUCUAAAACUUGAGUUUUUAACCAGAUAAACCUAGUCUGAACUGUUGGAUGUGUUUGUAAAUGAAUUCUUUCUUUUGGCAGAGCGCUGAAAAACAACUCCUGGCUAACUGAACCUCACACCUUCCCAUCUUAAAGAGAGAAAACAAACAUUCAUCUGCAUAUUCAUUGUUGGUUAAAUAUUUACACUCAGAUCAGUGUGGGUUUGAAAUGUGCUGAUUAAAUUUGCAUGUUUUUAUUUCUUUUUCAAAUAAGAAAAAUCCUCCUGUAUGACUGGAUUUAAAAACCUUCCCACACUCCCCCCGUUUUACUUCUCUCAUCUGCAGUUCUUGCACGUUCGUUGUUUGGCUUGCAAAGGCAUCUUCUCUGACAAUCAAUGUUUUAUUUUUUACUCCUGCCAGUCCAAAAACUACAAAGCAAUGUUGUGAUGUUGUAGUCACAGACAACAUCUGGUUUGUGACUCACAGUUAAACACAGCAGAGCAAGAAAGUAAGAAAACCCGAAUACUGAGAAAAAGAAUCGCCAGCUUCUUGUUAAGGACUGAAUUUAGCAACAGGUUUUCAGUCUGCAUAUUUAAUCAGACCAAUAAAGAAAAGGAAACGCAUACAAAACCAGAUUGAAAUAAUGAAAUAUGGAAUAAAGCAAAUAAAAUAUGAUUUCACAGAGUCAAUAAACCCUUCUUUUACAUUACUUCUUCUUACUUUUUGUUCUGCAGAGGUUAGAAGGAGAGGAUUUAAAGAGAAACCUUUGUGACUUUGCUCUUAAUGUUCACCUUGUGGACUGUUUCAUCCAAAAACACACUUAAAAUGAGCAUAAAUAUUGAUUUAAAAUCUAUUUUCUGUCUUUAACAGUGACUCCUAAUCAGUAAUAAUGUAAUUUAAAACUCCUGUGAGGAGAUUUUUGACGUGAAUGAAACAGACUGAAACUUACAUUGAUGCUUUUUUAUGAUAUACAAAUACAAAAAAAAAAACAUCAGAGACAAGACUAAUGAUUUUUAAUUCCUGUUUGUAAUGCCUAAAACUUGAGUGAGAGGGUAGAGUUUCCAAUAACAUAAUCAAUCAAUCAAUCAAUCAAUCAGUAUUUAUUUUUAUAGCACUUUUCAUACACAACCGUGAUAAUAUUGUUAUUGAUUUUUAAUAGUAUUGAGCUCCUGUGCACAUGGAGCAAAUGAAAAACAGUCUGAGCAGAUUUCAGACAACUUAAUUUGCUCUUUUCAUUUUUUAAUUGUUCUUACACUAAGCAUAUGCACCAUGAGCAGAGGGCUGGGAAUUCUCAAACAGUACUGAACACAUGCCGUCUUGAACGUAACCCCUCAGAAUUCAAAUUAUAAGGACUCUAGAUAUCAGAGUCUUCAAACAGGAUCUGAUGAUGUCACAUUUUCCAGCAACUUGAGGACAUUUCUCUGCCUUUAAGAAGCAUUCAAGGCCGUCGUCCUCAGGGCUUUGUGGGAUUAAUUGAUAGAACUACUGAGAUAAACUAUUAAACUCACACUGUGUUUUUGUUUAAUAUUAAAACGAUGUGAUCAUAGGGGAGGACAGUACAGUUAAACGUACAUAAUGUGGGCAGCAGCUCCCUGCAGCUCCACUCUAACAUCUCCUUAUUCCCCGUCUUGUCCGAGAUGAAUUUAUUCCUGCGAGAUUGGCCUGGUGAGGCAUUAAUUUAAUAUCGACCGCUGCUUUGUCUCUGUUCACCAAUAUCUAGCGUAAGAAUCCAUAACUCUGGAUAUUAAAAAAGUAAUAAGGCGCAGAGAGAGGGAGAGAGAGAUAGGACGGAGGUAGAAUGAGAGAUGGGAGGAAGAUGAGGUGCAGCAUAAUGGGUCACACUCAUUACCACCAGCAGCUGCUGCUAUCUCUCUGUCUGAAGGAGGGGUCGUUUGUUAUGCUUGAACAUUAUUAUCAGCUUUGGGCUAAUAGGGGCUUUUCAAGGACGAAACCUCUAUUUUCUCCUUCCAGCUCUGCAUUCGAUCAUUUUUACCAACUUUGGUAGAUUUUGUUUGCCCACUGCCGUCAGUGGAAAUGAACUCGGAGGUUAAACAGGCUAAAGACGUGUGGAUUGGUCAGGCUGCUCCUGGGUAGACUCCAUCUUUGUUUGCUUCAAUAGGGAGUAGAUGAUUCAUCAAUUCACUGGUAGGUCCAUGUGAAACCUGAUUUAAUAUUUUCCUAGAUGCUGUUUUUUUCUUUUUUCCUUUGAAUCAAAGGACCGCAAGAGUGUAACAUACAGCCUAAUAAAGCCGUCACAAAAUACCAAUGUUGGGGUUAAAAGUUAAAAUCUCAAUAUUGUGGUAACAUUAAGCAUACAGUUAUAGUAGUGGUCUUUUAUUCCUGUUGCCAUACCUCAUAUAAUGCAGGAUAAAGUUGCAGACUGCCAGUGAGCUAGCUGUAGCAGCUGUCUGUGAGAUGAUUCAGCACUUUGGAAACUGAUGCUCAUAAUUAGAACAUUUAUCAUUUCUCUCUGUUCUGUUCACUGUUUUUAUUCAUUUCUUAUGAUCCACCAGACACUGUACACUUCAAUAUAAAAGCACAGUUUGACCAAACAGGAAACCUGAACGCAAGAUUGAAAAUAUCAAAAUAAAGUGUGACGCACAAUCAAUGAAUGUGGAAAUGUCUUUACAAGUUUUAGUCACAAGGCUGGUGAAGUGAAUAAAGUAUAAAUAUCGGCAACUCCUGGUCUCAACCAAGGAUGAGAAAAUGGGGAUAUGAUGAAAAAUGUCCUGAACAAUAAAAGAAGACCUGCUUUGCUAGUGUCUUUAAACUCAGUUAUCACAAUGGCUUAGGACAGAGGAAGAGCAUGGGCCAAAAGGUAAACCUGUUACUGUGAAUACUUUUGUGUUGAGUAGACACUUACUUUAAGUACUAGUAAAUAAUAAAACAUGACAAACUGAUUACAAAUAAGCCAAACAGUCUUAUCUAAAUCAUAUAUACUACACAUCCAAACAUCCUGGGAUGAAAAUGUAAAAAUAUAUUUAAAAACUUCAUAAAAGAGAGAUAGAGGACGGAUAUUUCAGGAUUACCUGAUAUGUGUGUUUGUAACCUCUGAUGUCUCUCCGUUGACCUGAAACCCACAUGAACUCACAGAUGUCUUAUUUUUGUGUUUUUCAGGUAAAACAGGUCACACUGAAGUGGUGAGAGUUGUCUUCCAUCCAGAGAAAAUCAGCUUUGCCAACCUGCUCAAAGUUUUCUGGGAGAGCCAUGACCCGACUCAAGGUACCAUAUCAGCCAGAAAAACGCACUCAAACCAAAACCUCGAAGGGAAGAGAGAAAGAUGCUCAACAGCAGUUUUUUUUUUUUAACUAGUCUUUAAUUCAGGAAAAAAAGAAGUGCCCUCUUUGCUCAUUUUUGAUAAAAUUUUUAAGAACGGAUGAAACCAAAACUCUAUUUUGGCUCUGAAACAGCCUUGUUGGCUUUGUUAUAUGCUGUAUUUAGAAAGAUACAUUCUUCGGCUUAUUUUAAACAAUCAUUAACAACCCAUAGUUACAUGCUCCUGAUGGGACUCUGAUAAGAUAAGAUAAAGUUUUGAACAUUUUUGCACUGCUUUUGUACUCAAGAGCAGCGCAGCACAUUUUGCAAAUUGCAUUGACUUGUCGAGUUGUAAGUCUUUCUUGUCAAGCCCGUAUUGUUCCCAAACUUCAGAUUUGAGGCUCACAGGUGGUUGGCACACUGGCUCAGCCUCUGUCUUUUCUCCAUGACAUUAGUGUACAACCACAGCACAAAUGAAGGCAACACGGAUCUUAUCUUUAAAAGCAAACUGAAAACAUACCUUUUCAGUCUUGCUUUUCACUAAAUUUUAUAUCAUUCACUUGAAGUGUUUUAGCAUUUAUCUCUUUCUAGUUUUAAUGACAGAAUCAUCUUUUAUUGAGCUAUUUUGGUGUUCUUAGUUAAGUAUCUUUACUGUUGUUUGCAUUUCAUUUUAUUUAUUAUUUCUUAAAUUUCAUUUUAUGUUACUUUGUUUUUAGAUUUUUUUGUUUUUUUUUGUUUUUAGACCUAAACCUCCAGUGUUUACUUAUCUUGAGUUUUAAAAUGGCGUUUCCUCAGUGCGCACAUUCCUGUUUCCACGAAAUCAAGCCCUUUUUAAGUUGCAUUUAGAUCGUGGGUGAGAAUGAGGGGUUUGGCUGGGGUAGAUUUGACUUACUGAUUGAUUGAUUGAUUGAUAAUCAAGGGGGGAUGAAACAGGAAUAAACAGAAAAUAUCAAAUCAUUGGAUCACUCACAUUUCCAAGUAAAUGCAGAGGAUAUAUAAAUCUAAAAUAGAUUGUUUUUUUGUUUUUUUUAACCAUUGUAGAAAUUAAAAAAAAAAACUGAUGCCUCUAGAGUUAAUCUUUAAAGUGUAUCCAUGUGCAACAUGAUGCGUCUGUAUGUCUUUGUAUCAGCAUGAACAAGUUCUUAUCUCCAGUGUGCAGAUGAUAUGUUGUACUUUUAUACCUGCUUGAAUGAUAAACAGGUUAUAUUUUAUCAUUAGUAUCUUCGUGUAGUUAGCUAAGAAUCUAAGGUUUCAACCUUGUGUGUUACAGCAGAUCAAAAAAGCUCUCCACAGUCAUCUGUAUUUAGACUCGGGGAUAAUCAUUUCUCAAACAGAAACUUCUUCACUUUUGACUGAAGUCUGGGAUUGACAGACUGACUGACACAAGUUGCCAUCUUCGGGGCCAAAACACUCGAUUGGCUCAAAGCUCAGAGCUCACCAAACAUUGUGGUUGACAGGCUGACAAGCUGACACGAAAUGAUGAAAGGAUACAUGAUGAAAUAAUCAGCCCGCAGUCAAAAACAGCCUUCAGUUCUGCCAAGACAGACGAGUUUUAUUUUUGGAAAUGCUGUCAGCUGUUGUGUUCAGAUGAUCUGAUGCUGCCUCUGCCAAAAAAAACGAGGGAGAGGGCUGAAAUCAUCUGCUGAAUUUUUUUUUCUAUGCGUGUGUGUGUGUGUGUGUGUGUGUGUGUGUGUGUGUGUGUGUGUGUGUGUGUGUGUGUGUGUGUGUGUGUGUGUGUGUUUACAGGGAUGAGGCAGGGGAACGAUGUUGGGACGACGUACCGCUCUGCCAUCUACACCUACUCAAAGCAGCAGUUGGAUGAAGCUGAAGCAUCCAAAGAUCAAUACCAGAAGGUACACGUCAUUAUUGAUAAAUCAGUCUUAAAUCCCUCAUAACUAUCAAACAGACCUCUACAUACAUUAUCCUCUACUUUACAUCAACUCUGCUGUAUCUACUCCCUUCCUCUUGACUCCACUUCCCAGCAUGCCCCUCUAGAAAUACAAAGGUUUGGCUCAGCCGGUAGAACAGGCACCCGUCAUACAGAUGCUACAAGUCCUUAUUGCACCAGUUGUAAAAUAAAUUCUCAGAUCCAGCAUAAUUUAGUGCAUGCCAUUCACAUUUCCUCGCCCAUUUGCUUUCUCUCAAGCAAAAUAAGGGCAAAAAAAAAAGACCUAAAAAUGAUCAACUAAAAAAGAAAUUCUGCCAAAUGCGCCAUGCUGCAAGAUGCCAUCAGUCAUUAAAGCUUGUAGAGCUUUGUAGUUAUUGCCCGGCAGCUCCUGUUGAGUACUGCACUAAAGAUUAGACCAAAAACACAUAAAUUAUUGGCGUAACUAACGGGUAAAUCUGAUGACGACCAGCAAGAGCAACUCCAGCAGAUGAUAACCUGGACUAAACAGUCUUUGCUAAACUCUGUGAGCUAGAUGGCAAAUUAAGAUUUUUUUUAAUGAACACUGAGCUAACAAGCGGCUAUAACAGAAAACAUGUUAGUUCUACUUACCAAAAAUGCUUGAUGUCAGAUGUUUUGGACAGCAGCAGGAUAUAUGAUAUGAUAUGAUAUGAUAUGAUAUGAAAAUCUUUAUUGUCCCCUAAGGGCAAUUCAGUUUGCAACAGAAGUUAAAACACACAUUCUUACAAUACCUCACAUUGCAGAAAUGCAUACAUCCAAUACCACACACAAAUACAAUAAAUAUAUAAAUACACAGAGUCAGCACAAACUAAUAGUGCAUCAUUUCCAUCACGCCUGCCUACAGCUUGUUUAAAAACCAAUGGCUGUUGGGACAAAGGAUUCAAGGUACCGAUCUGAUUUGGCCUUGCAAGUGAAAGUGUACCUUCUCUUAGACGGGAGAAACUCACUGAAACUCAGCAUGAAGAGGAUGGAGAGGGUUUGCCAGAAUGGCCUUUGCCCUCUGAGUGGCUCUGGUUUUAAAAACAGAUAUCAUAUCAUAAACCACCCAAAAAAAAUAAACAUUUUUGUACACCUGAAGGGAAAAAAAACAGCAUGGUCCUCCUGACACUCACAGCAACAAGGCCCUGUAACGCUGAGGCUCAAAAUAAUCCAGUUUUUGAUCAAUAUAAAGUUCAGUUGUUACAAAUAAGGAAAGAAGCUGCUGCAGAAAUAAGUACUCCAAUAUAGAACCCAAUGACAUCAGCCUCUAGUGGGCUCUUGAGGAACUGCAGCUUUUAACACUCCCACAUCGGCCUCAUUUUCAACACUAGAGGUUACCAAUCCCUGUCAACAUACGAAUGCAGACGGUAAAUAAAUAUGUGUGUGUGUGUAUGUUACAUACGCCAUACGUGUCCAUAUGCUUUAAAAACCUACACAAAACACACACAUAUAGGAACACACUCUCACAGACACACUCGCACACACAAAGAUGCUCACACACUCCCUCUGUUGAACUCUCUCCCGCUGAGACUUCUGCACCACUAUCCCACCAACAGGGCUUGUUGCCAUGGAAACUGACAAGGAGGAGGUUACUCUAUUGUACUCUUUUCUAUUCUAGUGAAGUCUGGUCUUCAUUCAAGUCCUCUUUCUCUUAUUUUUUCCUUCUUCAUCGCUCUAUCUCUUUUUUUUUAUUUAACCAAACCCUUGUUUGUUUAGCAGAUUUGUGUCUCUUAUAGUGUGUCUGUGUUCAUCGCUGCUGAGGUCCAGCCUCUGAACACAUCAAACACUGUUGUUUACUGUAAUAUGCAAAAGAAACACAAGCCGCUCUGUGUUUUAGGUUUCUUGCAGUCGUAUGCAGAUAUCGUGGUUGUGUGGAUGGGUUUGAGAUACAAAGUACAAACACAACACUAAAGACGGACUAUUGCCAAAGUUUCCUUUUUAUACUAAAAAAAUAUUAAUUUAUGUGUCCAUCUGCCAAAGUGAUAAAGUGUUGUCAUUCAGAUUUAUUAUUUCCUAGAGGAAAAGGACAGACAGAUUAUUUUAUAACAUCUGAAGAAGAAGAAAGAAGUUUUAUUUUCUUUUGGGUUGACAAAUACAUCUGUUCAUCCAUUUUCUAAGUUUUAUUGAUAUCAGGUCCUGAGUACCCAUCAAAAGCUCAUAAUGCUUGUGGAUUUUUUUUUGUUUGUUCUUUUGUUUUCAGUUUAGUGCAUUAAAAUGCCAAUAAAUGCUAAGUCAUUAAAUCAGGAAUCACAGAAAUGAGUCCCAAAGACGUAGUUUCCUGAAUUCUGGAGGCUUUUUAAAGAUACAGUAUGCGGUUUUGGGCAACACUUGACGCCUAUCUUUAUAAUACAUAAGUACAUGUGUAAUGCGUCACAAUCACAUUAUAGCACUGUAUAACUAUAGUAAUAAACACUCAUAAAUGAUCUUAUUGCUUUGUAGCGAUAAUAAUAACACAUUAUAAAGCAUUUUAUCAUGACUUACAAGGUCAGGCUUUAUGAUGUGUUUUGCUUAUUGUUAUAAAGCCUUAGGAUCAUUAAUGAGUGUUUAUAAUGAUAGUUAUGCAAGUUUAUAAACAAAUUAUAACACCUCAUGAAUCAUAUGUAUCAUAUCAUAUGUAUAAUGCAUUAUCUAUGUGGGCAUUGUCAGUGAGUUGUUAGGAGUUAUAACACAUUAUAAUACCUGACCUUGUAAGCCAUGAUAAAAUCCUUUAUAAUGUGUUAUGAUUAUUGCUAUAAAGCCUUAGGAUCAUAUAUGAGUGUUUAUAACUAUAGUUAUACAGUGCUAUAACGUGAUUAUAACGUAUUAUAAAUAUAUUUAUAAUGUGUUAUAGAGAUAAACAUCAAGUAAAGUGUUACCUGGUUUUGCUUUAGUUUACCAGAAUGGACUUUGCAGAAAUGGGAAUGGCACAUUCAUAACACUAGUGUAGCUAAAGGAACUUUUGGUUUGCCCCCUUAUCUAUUUGCAGUGUUUUCCUGUACAUAUGCCAGUGGAUGUUACAGCUGGUUCGCAAACAGUUGUAGCUUCUUCUUCUAUUCUCCUGUUUUCUAACAUGUGACAAAAAGCAAUAAGGACCACCACGAUUCACUCAUGGUGUUACUAGAUGCUUAUUUCUAGCGCUAGUCUUUUUAAACAUGGUUACCAUCAAUACUGGUUUAUUGUGACAACCUUGUUAUGCACCAGACAAGCUUUUUUCUCAAAAGCCACUACUUCACUGACAGGAGAAAUGAGCAAAGGAACGUUUUAGUUUUGAUCAUAGACUGUAUAUAGAAUGGACAGAGUCUGCCUCCUCGCUGGGUGAAGCCACUCCGGGAACAGCACCCUCUGGUGACGGUCUGCAGUACAGGUCAUAAAUCCCGCCUCUGCCAGCAGUCCCUAUGGAGCUGUGGACAAACUUUGGAAAUAUAUGACACAGAAUAUAAAUGUUUCUCCCCCCCUGGUUGCGAUGUUGACAUGUAGUAAUUGCAGGACUGGUUUGUGUUCCAGUCCUCUUUUUUCUCUACAGUUCAAUUUUUAAAAGUUAUCAGGGGGUUCAUGUUUUCUAUGAUUGACACUUGAUACAGCCUAUGAGCGUACGAAGAUUACUUAGCUCUCCCGGGAGAUAGGCUGUUUGAGCCAAGCAUCAUCACAGCAACUCUUGGUGACUCGUCCACAUAAUAUACAGUCUAUGGUUUUGACUCUUCCUGUUCGAUAUCACUUAAUAUUCCAUUUUUUGUACACUGCCCCUUUAAUUUUAGCAACAUUCACCCCACUAAUCCAGCUAAACAUUUUAUUUAAAGAUAUUAAAAGCUAAAAAUAAGACCUGAAUUAUACGUUUCUGUAAAUAAAAUGUAGGUAAAGUGUUCUUUUGCACAAUCCAUGCAAUUCAGGUCUUAUUUUUGGCUCAUAGUACUGUAAAAUAAGAUUUAUCUGGACUUGUCAGGAGAAUGUGGCUUCGGUCAAGCAUAAGGAAAUAUUUUUACUUGAAAUAAGAUGAAAACUCUCGCUUAGUAUUGAGUUUUUGCAGCACACAAACCACUUCUUAUUCUGCCAUCACUUUCCGCUGAAGGACGAGUUUUUUUGUCACUGAAUUGUUCCCCAUGUCAGAGUCAGCAGCGGUCCUUAAGAGUCGAACAGACUGUGAUAAAGAACUGGAAGUAAGAUGAGAAGUAUCCUCCAGGAAAAAAAAAACAUGUGAGGACAAUCAAAUACAAGAGACUCUGAAGUAGUUUAGUUAGAGUUUUCUUUUGAAGCGGGGCAACAAAUGUGGACCUGGUGAGUGUUUCAGUGUGGGUCUGGAAGGUAGUGAAGGUGUGAAGCUUUAUCUAACAGUCAUAACUGGAAAGACUCACGUGUUAUUUCUGUUUUUCUGUCCUGUACAGAGAGAUUCAGAUGAUGGAUGAACUCUCUCAUCUAGGCAGCACAUCUCUCCAUCAAUCUCUCUAGGUUUAGUUUGCUCUCUCAAUUUUUUCUCACCAGAUUGUCUCCCCCACCCUCUCCCAUCUGUGUGUGUGCGUGUUAGUGUGUGUGUGUGUGUGUGUAAGAGAGAGAGAGAGAGAGAGAGAGAGAGAGAGAGAGGGAGAGCAGUUGGCCUAUAGCAAACUCGCUGCAUGCCAAACCAUCUGGGCCUUAAAUCUGUCCUCCACAGAAAUCGCUUUAGUUGCAAAACUAAUGCACGGACACACACGCAAACAGAAGCACACAUAUAUGCACACACUGAAAUAAUGUUUUGACUCAGUUUUGAUAAUGUGCGUAAACAUAUAUGUGAUUAACAUUUGGUUUUCAUGCCAAAAAUGACAUGUACGAUCGAACAAAUCAGCGUUCCUCUUUCUCUGGUGAGCGUAGGUGCAUGUUCUCUUCACCGCACAGACUUUGCAUGUGUUUACAGAGCUCCAUCCUUUAAAUAUUGAUACAUUUGUGCCUCUUAAGUCUUGGGUGGAGUCUCUCUUUGCUUAUGGAGCCUUUUUUUUUAGGUGAAUUUCUUUAGCUUUACCCCUGCAGCCAUGCUCACUCGACCAACAACAACAACAACUACCCACUUCUUCUUAGUCUUCUCAGACAUGAGAAAAUGUGAAAUUCAUCACAGAUUUGAUGUUUUACUAAAGAUGAACUAAUCAGGUUGUGCCUUUUAAUGUCUCCUGUUACGUUUGAAACAUGCAUGAAUAAAAAAAUGGAGGGACAAGAGUGUAAAAAAAUGAUGCACAGAUGGAAAUAGAGGGAUUUUGAGUGCAGAAGCUGCGAUAUAUAGAGAGAGAAUCGUCUGGUUAAUUUGACUGUCAGGGUGUUGACUGUGUUCGCUAUGCCGCCUGGCUUGAUUGCAUUGUUCACACACCGAGUGAUUGGGGAAUUUGGUGUGUGCAUGUGUGUGUCUCUGUUUAUGUGUGUGUGUGUGUGAGAGAGAGGUACAACAGCACUGCAGAAAAUUACCUUGCAGGCGGCUGGCGGUUGUCUGCAGCAUGAAAGGAGCCUCCCUUUUCUUCUCCAGCCUCCUACCCAUCAUUAGGGUGUGCACUGCGUCUGAAAUGGCAGGUGGAAGUGCUAAAUGUGUGUGUGUUUGUGUGUGUGUGUUGCGUGCUUGCUUUAUGUAAUAAUGUGUGCUCGCUUAGUGGGUGCAAGCAUGGGUGCUGAAGCAGUGUGUACUCAUUGUUCUGGCAUCUCUUUCCUCUUGAUUCACGUCUCCGGCUACAUUUUCUUCCCCUGAACAUUCAUACGUCUUCUUUUAAAUACAAAUCAUCCGCUUUUCUUCCUCUUCCUCUUCUUUUUUGUCUCUUAAAUCCCUCCUUUGCGCGUCAAACGUGCCAACUUUACCUUUUUUUCCUUCCAAAUUUUUUCACUCCUCUCUCUGCUUCUCAAGGGUGCUUAUCAGUAUUGUUCACAUUUGCCUGCUUUACCAGUGCAGUCAAGGUAUUUGCAUUUCAAAUGAGAAAUCUACUUCUCUGACAUGCAAAUUAAUGGAUGUGAAUUAUGCAUAUAUAGCAGGCUGCAAACACAGCAGCAGAACCAGCACCAAAACAAACACAGAGGAUCAUAAAAAGAGGCGGACAGGAUGCCAAAACAUGAGGUUAAGCAAAUUUUACCUGCAUAGACGGAUGACUCUGAAAAGAUCAGUUUGAGUUCAGAGCCGUAUCCACUGACUAAGAGGUGCGUCUAGGUAUGUAGACUCUUUGAGGAAUUUCUCAAACCCACUUGUAGCUUGAUUAUCAUGUUGAUCUUUAUAUGAUCAUGUUUGAAUCAAAGGUCACAUUUAGGAACAGGACCCUGAACCCAAGCAGAAGGGUGUUGUUUCACCCUGUAAGGACACUGAACACUAAUCCAUCAUGUGUUUGGACUCUGUUCAAGAUAUCAGUAAUAACAGAAAUUGGUGGUUGCACAUCAUUUAACACAGGGCUCGACAGUGCGGCCGUUUCACUCGCAUUUGUGACAAAAAAUAGAUGUCUGCGAAUUGUAAAAUGUAUUUAGAGGAACAUGUGCACAUCAAAAAAAAAAAAAAAAAUCAGCUCAGGCAACAAAUGUUUUUUCAUGUAAAUACUGCGGUGAAGUUAGUUUUAGGUAAGAUAUUCGACGGACGUUCACUGUGGAUCUACCGGUGUCUUCUAACUCUCUGUAACCGAGAAUAACAACAGCAGCGCAGCUAAAUCUACUCGGCAUCCUCGCUGUCAACGUCGGGUGUUGAAUAAGAGACCAUCAAUGAAUUACCGUUUGAUGUUCUCAAAAAAGGCUGUUUUCCUUCAAUAGCUUUCAUGUCAUGUGUCCAAAUAUACCUGAAAUUGAUUUCAAAUAAUAGUACUUUUGUUGACCGUUAAGACAAACAUUAUUUGAUCAAUUUUCAUUGUGCCCCUAAAGUCCUUUGUGUGCUCCUUACUUUUUUAACUUUGAAGCUCAUGUGCUCCUUAUGAAAAACGUUAGUUUCAAGCCCUGCUACAUGCAGUUAAAAUUGGACAAAGAAAAUAUAUUGAAUGUUAAAACUGAGCAUUUUCAUAGUAAUAUAAAAAUAUAUACAUUUACAAACUGUUGACAAUCGCCUCUGUAGUAAAGUGAUGUGGUAUCGGUGGUACAAGACAGUUUAACACUUUGUCCACCUUUAGAUGUUUAUAAAUGGUGUCCACUUGGCAUGGCACUAUUCUGUCUUUUUUAAACCUUAUUGACAGAUGGAGGACAGUGGAUAGAGCAGGAAAUGGGGGAGAUACUGGAAAGGGACCACUUGGGUGGACUUGGGUAUGUGGGUCGUGUCCUGACUGUCAGGCCAUCUGCACCUCGGUGCAGCAGUUUUAACCUGCAUUCGUUCAUGCAACAGCAGCAGCAGACUGUGCUCAUGGACGAUGUUUUUGCAGUGAUUUUGUGGCCAUGCAGUGGUUUUCACUACAGAGUCAUACCAGUUUUUGAGACAGUGCUUCUUACGGCAUGAAGCUCACAGUCAUCCAAGUCCUGGCUUUUGGCCUUGGUUCCUACAGAGGUUUCUCCAGAUUCUCGAAUCAUUUUAUGCUGAGGAAGAUAUUUCUAUCAUUCUUGAGCCAUUUUCUCACACAGUCCCUCCCUCACAGAGUAGUGAACCUUCUGCGGUCCUCAUCUUACUGACCUGUUGUCUGGACUUGUCCUGUUGACCUGUUGAGAUGUUUCUCCAGGUGGUUUUUCAGCAUUAUUCAACUUUUUCAGUGUUUUGUUGUCCCCCUUUUUUUAACCAGCUGCUGCCCUCAAAUUUAACAGAUAUUCAGUCUCAACAUUUGAUCUAUUGUCUUUGCACUAUUUUAACCUAAUACAAGGUUUAGAUUAUAUAAAAUUGUACACAGCACUCCAACUUUUGUGGGAUAACAGGCGUUUGUUAGCUAAUGUGCCUACUGUAUUGGAAACUACAUCCCUCCAGUCUGAAUCAUGCAGUGCAUCAGAAGAAUCUUAUUAAACUUGCUUACGUUACAAAUUUUGACUCACUGGUGUCUUCAGUUGUUCUUCUUCAGAUGCACCCCAGACCCUCUGGGUUUGUUUUGCUGAGAGCGUCUUUAACGACUUCUGAGCGCUGACGUCAAUGAAGUUAAAAUGGUUUCCAAACAAUUACCUCUCACUAACUAUUAGAGGCAGCAUGUGUGAAAUUACCCAGCACCACUUUAAGACUGAAUGUUGUUUUUUAGACUAAAAAUAAACGUUUUAGUAUUUCCCCAAGGAGCUCUUUCCACUCAAUCUGGAAGUUCAUUUAAAACACUGUAAGUGUCGGCAAAAUGACGCCAUUACCACUGCUCACUAACUGCUGUACUUUGACGUCUUCUCUGCACUUAAUGAAAAGAUACACGGAUGAAAACUUGUACCAGUAGAUUUUUUCUAGAUUUCAUAAUGCUUCACCACUGACAUGGAAAUUCCUGCUUAUAUAUUUGUCCAAUGAGAUGACAUAGUAAUUAUCCACACAAGCAAUGAUAGAGUCCUCGUCCCAGCAAUGAACUCCAACACGUCAGCUGAAUGGGAGCUAUUUGAAGUGUGGGACACAGACAGGAAAACAGCUAUUUGCCAUGCUUGUAAAACAGGUUAUAUAAGGAGGAGUAAAAAAAAAAAAACAGUCAUUUAAAACCAGCAGAUUAAUUGAGCAUCUCAAGAACAGUCAUCCUAGACACCUCCAAGUGUACCUGAAGAGUAAAAAUGACAAGACAACAGCAUGUGCGUCAGUGAAAACCUGUCAGCUGCUUCUAUUUGAGUCUUUCAACAAAGCUAAGAAAGGUAUACAUACAUUAACACAACUGUGUUUGCUAACCCUGUGCAAUAUUUCAUGCAUAAACAUGUCUGUUUAUGCAAAUUAUGUGCCAUUGGGCUGUGUGCAGUCACUCAGGUCUGGGUUGCAGUUUACAUCAGCACCUGUACAAUCAUGUGUAAUACAUCAAUCUGUAACAUUUUUGUAUUCUGACUUUUAACCAAUUACCUUUACACUCCAAACACCUAAUGCACAGCAACACUAAUUCUGUUUUUUUUUUGUUUGUCUGUUUGUUUGUUAAUUUAUUUAUUUAUUUUGGGAAUAGGAACCCUCUUGAAUGUUAUCUAUGUAGCUUUGUAAACUAAUGCAGUUUAUGUUCUCCGUUCUCUGUCUGUUGUCUGGUUUUAUGUACAUACUUUUAAGAAUUUGUUUACAUGCCUAAUGCACAUGUAUAUUUGUACCAUCAACAUAACAGAGCUAACAGUGGGAAAAAAGACAAAAAGACAGUUACAUAUCGAUGUUCAUUAAUGUCCUUGUCCUUAAUAAUUAGUUUGUAAUUAGGUAAAUUAAAAGUAAUGUAAGGUUAGUAAAGUAGAUGAAGGAAAGUCAGUUCAUAGGGUGAGUUAUGUAAGUAAGUUAAUUAUGUAAAGAAAGUAAAGUUAACUAAGUAAGUAAAGAUAGUUAAGUAAAGUGAAGAAAGAAGUAAGUAAAGUUAACCAAGCGAAGUAAGUAAGUAAAGAAAGUUAAGUAAAGUAAAGAAAGACAAGUAAGUAAAUUAACUUAAUGAAGUAAGUAAGUGAAGAAACGUAUGUAAGUAGAUUAAAGUAAUUUAAGUAAGGUGAAAUUAGUAAAGUAGUAUCGUAAGGAAAUUAUGUCAAGUAAAAUAGGUGUGAAAAUAAGAAGUAAAGAAAUGAACCAAAGUAUGCAAGUAAAGUAAGUGAUAUUAAGUUAGUGAGUAACUUAAGGUAUGUGAAGUAAAGAAAAAAAAUGUAAAGUAAAGUAAAUUUUAAAUAGUAAAGCAAGACAUUUAAGUAAGAAAGUACUGUGAAGUACAUAAGAAAAGAAGGCUGAGUAAGUAAGGUCAGUCAACUAAAGUGAUGAAAGUCAGAGAAAGUAAAGCUAAGUACAUUAGUCAAGUGAGUAAGUUAGUUUACUGACCGCCUGAAGGUAAAGGAGCUAAAAACACAAAAUCAUUGCCUUUUAGCAUUGUUACAGGUGCUGGUCCCUGGCUUAAGCAGACAGGUUUUUAGAGAAGUUGCAGAAAUAAGGAAAAAAAUACUUCUAUAUUUUUGGAGUUGCCUUGCGGCAUUCAUUUUGGUUAAAUUUCAGAAGAUGUUAGAGGUUAUUCCUGUGUCAGAAAGUCAGGUAAAAUGUAAUCUGCUGUACCUAGUAAAUUCAGAUGAACUUAAGUGGAGUAAGGAGGAAAAAUAUCUGUUUAGAGUAUUACUAUUUUAUAAAACAAAGAUGGUGCUUAAUUUCUAUUGUCAAUCAAUCAGUCAAUCUCAAUCUAAUUUGUAUUAGAUAUUUUCAGAAAGAACAAAAAAACAAAAGAAACAAAAAAAAAAACUGUAAUCCAAAAUUUACAGUAAACCCAAUCAAAAAUGAAUUUUUUCUUUUAGAUGACCCACAAUAAAUGAUCAGCUUGGGCUCAUUUCCGGAAUAAUCUCCAUUUCCUUUAACUUUUCUUUGAUGCACAAAAAUCAUUUGACAUUUACAUGAUUUCUACUAAAGUAACUCUUUUUUUUUUUUUCUUUCUUGCCUGUUUAAGUCCCUCUAAUUUCUAUAAAUCUGUUUCUAAUUCUGCUUUUUCCAGGUACUCACAGAGGAAGGUUUUGGCCCGAUUACAACAGAGAUAGCUGAAGACAAGACGUUCUAUUACGCCGAGGAUUACCACCAACAGUACCUGAGCAAAAACCCUGACGGAUACUGCGGUUUGGGAGGGACUGGAGUCUCCUGUCCAAUAGGACUCAAGUCAAAGGCUUAAACAGCCAACAAGGUCCCAAAUCAGUCAGCUUAGUGAGGUCCAAAGAUGGAGAGAAUUUAUGAUUUAAACAACUGAUGCAAAAAGCUUUGGGUUUUAAAUAUAGGAACACCCAAUUUUAAGAUAUUUUACGCAUUCUUUCAAUAAAUCAAAUGCCUCCAUUUCUCUUUCAUGCUACUUCAAACUGGCAGGUGUUUAAUGGCUGUCAGGCUACUCUUUGCAAUGAUAAAGGAACAUAUUGUGUGAAAUGGGGGAAAGGAAAACUGUGAUAAAUAACGGUAAACUUCCAAGCUCAGCACUGAUUUUAUUCUGGUAAGACAUCAAUUUUAGUAGGUUAGAGUUCAGGUUUUACUGCAGAUUACUGUCUAAGCAAACUUCCUGUUUAGAUUUCUCAUGCUGAGAACUGUGUGCAUGAUGACUGCAGGUCAUGUUAUGAUUUCGUCUCUCAAGUAGCUCUUUCAGUAAUGAUUAGUCAAGAGGUGAAACUCUGACUGUUGCAAAGAUUUGAUUUUUCAAAGUCAUCAGAAGAUUUAACAUAAUAAAACUUAAAAAAUGUAAAGACCUCUGGUAUUCUUCCUUGCAUGAAAAUACAAUUCACAUCUGCCCCAAUGUUGUUGUUUUUUUAACAAAUUAAUCUCUGGGAUAUAAUUUCACAAUUGAACUAUAUUGUUGUAAUAUGAAUAGGACUGUGUGAGACAUACGAACUUUGCAUAAUUAGACACCACAGAAACUCAAAUAUUGGCAAGUGUUUGUUAAGUUUUUAGUCAAAGCAUCUAAUCAAUUAAAAAUCAGCCACAUUUACCCGACAAGUCCAGAAAUAACAAUUAUUUCAAGAUGAUAGAAGCAGAAUAAAAACGCAGAGGAUGGUAGUAAAAAGGUAUGAUAUUUGUCAGUGCUGCAAGCAAAAUUAUCUGCUAAACUUUCACAGACAGUGAACUUUCAUGGUGUCCAUUUUAAUACACUGUGCAGUCAAUGGUUAGAAUCAAUCAGAAACCUGAGGUGUGGAGAAAUCAAGCUAAGCUGCAGUUCCUCAAGUGUCCACUUGGGGCUGCCUCCGUAAACCAAGAAAAGCCCAACAAAACCAAUAUUAGAAUGCCUAUUUUUACUGUGGAGUAAUAUCCAGCCGCAAAAAAGAUGGUAUUGGUGUCUAUACCUAAUUUUUAAUUUGUAACAACUAUUUGGGGUAACUAUGUUUUCAACCAAUCUGUUUUUGAUGAAAUUAAAACUGGUUUUAAACUGGUCGGUUUCUGGAUUUGAUGAAUAUCAGUUUGAGCGAGCAAUUUUUAGAGCUCGGGUGUCAAAACAAUCCUUCAGAAACAGUGGGUGGUCAUAUGGACUACAUCCAUUUAGUUCACACAUUAGCAACAGAAAUGUAUCAAUAUGUGCAAAUGAUUUUGUACAAGUAGCUUCAAAAGAUCUCUUCUCUGUUUUUACCAUAUGUCAUUCAAAGACAUGGCUAAAACAAGCUUGAAUUAUUCAAUCCGAACAUUAAAUUAAAGAUUGUCCUAUUAAAAAGUCUGCUUCAUGUCAUGGGUUUGCUUCUGCAGAUCAAAGAGUAACUAUUUCUGUUUUUGAUGAAUUUAAAGUAGACAAUUUAAAAUUUCUAUCAGACUCGGUCAAAAGGAGAUUUAUUUUGAUUAAAAAUGUAUCUCCAUGUUAGUGUUUGCUCCUUUUUUUUGGUGUG